UGUGUGUGAGGGCGGGCGGUUGGAAAGCGGCGGUUGCUGGUGGUCCGCGCGCGCUCGUCUCGCGAGAUCCGCGUUGGCGCGCCGUGACCUCCAUGUGAGAGCAGCGGCGCCUGGUAAACAGUCCUCGGGGUUAGGACAUGGCUCCCGCCGCCGGCGCCCGUUAGUUCCACACGGUGGGGGAAGCCUUCCUUUGCUGGUCCCUCAGGGCAGCUCCUGACAGGGCCUUUUGCCGCCAUUCCGAGUGCGGCUGCGGAAAGGGAGAAAGGAAGGGGCCGCGAGGGCGGCUGGCAGGGCGAGGAAGGAGGCGGCGAGGAAGGCCGGCGGCCGGCAGCUGAGGAGGCUGGCGGUGGUCCUCGGGGUCUGAGGGAAGGAGCUUCCCACCCCGCUGCCGCCCCCCGCUUCUCUCUCCGGUGCUCCGAGCCGGCGGGAAAAGCGCCCCCCGCCCCUCUUUCGUCCUCCUCUGGGUGCGCGCCAUGUGGAUCCAGGUGCGCACCAUCGACGGCGCGCAGACCCAGACCAUCGACGACCUCAGCCGCCUCACCAAGAUCGAGAGCCUGCGCGAGAAGAUCGAGGAGAGCUUCCGCGUGAGCCCGGACAGGCAGCGCCUCUUCUACCGGGGCAAGCAGGUGAGGCGGCCGGGCGGGACACUCCCCCCUUCCCUGGGUUCUUGGAGGCGCGAUGGGUGGUGCUUCGCAUUAUUAUUAUUAUUUUGAACCCCAGCAGCUGUUGCAUCCUCUCCUCUGGGCUUAUUGUUUACCAUCUUCCUCACACCUGAGGGGGUAAAUGCAGGAAGCAGCCCGAGGAUGCCUUUGUGCGAAGGGCGGCGGCGGCGGCAAUUUCAUCCACCAUCCCCUCCUCCUCCUCCUCCUCCUCCUCGCUCUCGGUUUCCAACGGCGCUGCUCGCAAGGCUCCGCCUCUCUCUCUCUGCUUCGCUAGCGGAGUCUCUGCUCUCAAGGGGUGCGCGCAGGGGGCCCGGGAUGCUACGGGGGAAGGGGAAGGAUGAGGCCGGUUGCCUCUGCUGCACGACUUCCGGCGCUUCAACAGCCUCCAGAAACGCUCGUUGGCUCCCGCUCCGCUGCUAUGCCCAGGGAAGUGGCACCUGGUCGAGGAAAGUUAUGCUCAGUGCCAUCUCUUCUCCCUCUCCCUCCCUUUCCACUUCCUCUUCUCCCACCCCCUCCUUCCCAUCCUUUUUUGUAUAGGGGCACUAGCUACACCCCCCUUUAGUCGAAAGCCACGAGUAUGGAACCGAUGUGCCAACUGUUAAUGAGAUUCAGUUGCAUAGGCAUCAUCUAAUCGGAAGGAAGCCCCAUCGAGUUCAGUGGGACUUGUUUCGGUUAAGUAGGCACAGGCUGCAUCCUUAGAGUGAUACAUUUCCUUUGUUUUGGGAGUUUGUUUUUGUCAGUGUAGGGGCAGAGAGUUCUGAGGAAGUGCUUGAGUUCCUCGUACUCUCUAGGCACUUAAGGCUUUCAUUGGAAGCUGGCUCUCUUUAAAUAUACAGCAAAUUAACAAAGGUAGACAAGCCUGGGCUACCAUGAUGGGAAAUGCAAAAGUGGUCGAAACAAAUUCUGGAAUACUGUAUACAUCGUUUUACCUCAUUGGAUCCAGUGUGGAUAAAUGCUGUAAAGCAUAGUUCGUCUGCAUAACAGAGAUUGAGUAUGCAAUCAGGUCAUACAACUUCACUCCCUCUUCUAGAGAAGUUGUUACAUUAGUCUUUUGGCACCUUUUUGUUAUGGCAUAAACUUUCAUGGCCAGUGAUCCAGAAAAACCUUUGCUGUGAUAAACGGGUUAGUGUUUACAGUGCCAUUUAUUGUUGUAAUUCAUUCUUAUAACUGCAUGUUUUUCUUUUCCCUUAGCCCUUUCAGACUACAGUUACUGUGCUUUCUAGCCAUUGUACCUUUAAUGUUUUCUGGUUAUGGCUAGGUAGCUCUGUGUUUCUGUUAAUAUAUUGUGCUGGGAUUUGGUUUGUCAUAAAUUCUGUAAAGCAAGAGUGUAAUUGCCUCUCUGUUUUAGAACAUGUUAUGGCCGAUCUAACGGACCUCAAAGGACCGAUGAGAUCAGAGAUUCAAAGAGCGUUGUGCAAGAUGCAGCAGAGGGUUCAAAACAAACAGAUAACAAUGAAUAAGAAAUGUAGGAGCACAUUGGAUGCCCCAUAACAAAACUAAUGCAGGAUACUAUAGAAUGCUGCUGAUACUGGUCUGGAAAUAACUUAAAUGCAUAAAGCAUGUAGUGAUAUAGCACUGCUGAAGUGAAAACAAGUAAAUUGUCUUUCAAGUGGCAUUGGAGAGCCUUAAAAUUGAUAUUUGCAGGUUUGCCAUAACAUGAUUUUUGAGAAAUGUGUGAAAGAUCACAUUUGAAACUUGCGAGCUUUUUAGCAUGCUUGCUCAGUCAAUAUGCUAAAUGACUGUGCUACUGAUCCUAAAGCUUAAAAUCAUGUAGGGAAGGAAGAAUUUCUAGGUGAUGGAAAGUGUUUUUCUUUCUUAGUUCAAUAUAUUUUCAUAAGACGGGCAAACUCUUAACCUGAGAACUACAUUUUCUUACUGGUACAUCUUUUGGAGUUGCAUGCUGGUGGUGGGUCAAACACAUGUUAAUAGCAACAGAUUUAUAAACCACUUUGUAGCUAAAGCUUUCAGUGUGCAGAAGGAUAAGAAACACUGACUUAAGUCACUUGCAUCUGGGAGCAUGCUACUGUAAAAAAUUAGGAUUCCCCCCCUCACCAUGCUAUCCCUGUCUCUCUAGGCCAGGGGUCAGCAACCUUUUUCAGCCAUGGGCCGGUCCACCAUCCCUCAGACCAUGUGGUGGGCCGGACUAUAUUUUGAAAAAAAAUAUGAACGAAUUCCUAUGCCCCACAAAUAACCCAGAGAUACAUUUUAAAUAAAAGGACACAUUCUACUCAUGUAAAAACACGCUGAUUCCCAGACGGUCUGCGGGCUGGAUUGAGAAGGCGAUUGGGCCGCAUCUGGCCCCCAGGCCUUAGGUUGCCUACCCCUGCUCUAGGCUACCCCUUACUGCAAGGAUUUUGACUCUGUAACACCUGCAACCUCCCUGUUCACAUAGUUCAUCUUAUUAUCCCUCUGCUUCUCACUGGAAUUUCUUGAGCGCUGCAGUACACUCCCCAGUGCUUCCAGACUCCACAGAUGACUGAAGAGGAACAUGAUUUCUCUCUGGAAUGCACAAAGGUGGUGCAUAUGUUGUGUUGAGCGCUGGCAAACAAGCAGUGGCAGGCAAUAGUAGGAGGGGGUGAGACUGCAUCAGUGAGCAGGUAGGCAUAAUUGAGGUUGGAAGGCCAUUGGAGAGCCUUAAAAUUGAUACGGUUUUUGUGCUGCUGGCUUCCCAUCCCUGCUCUAGGAGAUCACUUGAGUAGUGAAAAAACUGCACUUUACUAGUUUGCAUAGGGUUCCACAUAUGUGUGAUGAAUCCAUUGCUGGUUAAUUGAAAUGCAAGCCUUUCUUAAAUAAACAAGGUACUGUUGGGAGAUUGUUCUUCCCACCCUUGUCUAAGGAUCAACAGAUGGAAAUUGAAUGGAUUUCUAUUCUCCUUUCAGGAAUGUUGAGGAAAGGAAGCAUGCUUCCCCAAUUUUUUGCUACAAAAAUUUCUGCAAAGUACUUCAGGCCCAGUGAAUAUUUGCUGUAUUCUUCAUAAUAAUAGGUCCAUCUUAUUUGUAAGCUGCCCCUGAUCUGUAGUGAUCAGGAAAUCUUUGUGCUCCCAUAGCUGUGCAGCUGCACAUUUUUCUCUUGUUUAAUAUACUUGCUUCUUUUCUGCACUAUUCAGAAAGAUUAGACUUGUCAGUGAAGGGGAGGCAUGCUGCUGUUUGUUAUGAAUUAUCUUCCAUUCUGUCCUCUCGUUCUUCUAAUUGAACUGGAAGUGCCCUUCGCUCUCAGGGUUCCUGGUAAUCUUGAACGUAUGCUAUUUCAGAGGACCAUUCUUAGUCUUUCCUCUGCACACACGUUGGGUGAGAGAUCAUUUGCUUCUUCCAGACUGAAUCUGUAGGGGUAUCUUUCCACAUCUAGCAUGCUGAGAGGUGUUGAGAGGGUUCUCUUUAAAGGGCCAACAUGUUAUUUAGGGGAUGAAAAGAUGGUUUCUUGAAAUUUUGAUAUGAAGCCAUGAUUGAGCUUCAGGUAUUUUUCUGUAGCACAGUGCUUGAUACAAAACCAUAACGAAUUCCAGCACUGCGCUAAAAAAAAGGGAAGGGGUUGCAUGAUGUUUUAGAGUAUAAAAUGCUGUGUGCCCCAAGGUAAUUAAAACUUAGACUUUUGGAACGAGAACAUACAAGGGCUGAAUAUGAGCAUAUGCUGUUUUGUGUACUUGGUUCCCACUGCUGUUAAAGUGAGGACUAGUGUGGAAGAGAACCAUUACUUUUUUACAUGGAAUACCAGGAUGUGACUCAUGAGUUACUCAAGUGUUACUCAAAUGGUGUGGUUGUUGUCAAAAUUGAAACAAUGUUUAGAUAUACACAUAAAAAUGUGAAGUAUGAAUGAAAGAAGGAUGUGAGUCGUAUAGGAACCUAGAACCAGGAAUUGCCAUUGAAUAUAUAUACUGCACGAGAGUAUAAAUUCUGGUGCAUUAUGUAUAGAACCUGGUACAUAAUGUAUUUGAACCUGCUGCAUGUGGGUCAGGGUGUAUUAACUACACCAGUAAAACCGCUAUUGUCCUCCUUUACCAGAAAACAUCUUGGUUUUUGGAUGGGCUUUAAAGAGUCUGCAAUUGGAGUUGGGUCAGAGAGAUAGAUUGGAGAUGCUGCUGGUCUGUUGACCAACCUGUGGCCCAGCAGCAUCCCUGAUCAAGUUGGUCUGCAGUAUUUUGGGAGGACCCCAGGACUUCAGUAGCCUUGUAGAGGCUGCUGCUGUGCAGGCUCAAGGCUUUAUUUAUUUAUUUAUUUAUUUAUUACAUUUAUAUACUGCCCUUCUUCACAAAAUCUCAGGGAGGUUCACAGAAUAAAAUACAAAAUAAAAUAAACAAUUAAAACAAAAACAACAAAACAAUAUGCCUCAGUGUUAGAAACUCAGAUAUAUAAGGUGGGUGCCAAAUGGCUCCUUAAACUGAGAUUACAGUCACCAAAAUGGAAAGUCUUGUUGCCAUUUUGGGGUAAGAUGGCUCUAAAGUCUUAUUUUUCAAAUGAUGGACUGCCUGAUUCUCAGUUAAACAUCUGGCUAGUUCAGAUGACAACCUUGAGCUAGGCUAUGAACUUUGAGAACUUAAAGAAGAAAAGUCAUUUGAUCUAUGGACAGUCCACUUAUAUAUGGGCCUAGUUCAGCCUCUUUUUUGUAAUGGUGACUGCUCCUGCUCAUGUUGCACAGGAAAAGAAUUUUGGUUACAGAAUUCAUUCCAACUAUGCAGAUAAAAUGUAACUGAUAGAAUUCCACAGGAUCUGGUAUUAAUCUGUGAAAACAGUCAAGACCCAAGGAUCCUCAGGCGUGCACCUCCUGAUGGUGGAGAUGUCAGGCGCCAUACUGGUUGCAAGUGGUUGAUAACUAAGUGCAAAAUGUGCCUGGUGUGUCUGGCGAACUUCAAACACCAGUUAUAGUGCCUGAACCAAGAUGGUAGGGCUGCUUUUGUUACACACUUUUUUUGCUCAGCUGAGUUGAAUAAAGGUUUGGCAACAUAAGUUCAGCAUUUCCCUUGGUGUGCCCAUAGCAGCAGCUUAAAUUGUGGAAGUAGAGGUGGGGUUAAAGGAAGGACUGGACCUCUUUAACCCUUUCCACUUCCUCAUCCAGCGGUAAGGAACCUGUGGCCCUCCAGGUGUUGUUGGACUCCCAACUCGGAUCAUCCCUGGCCAUUGGAUGCCAACAGCAUAUGGAGGGCCACAAUUUACCCAUCCGUGCCCUAGUAUGUCAGACUCAGCAGGGGUUUAUCUAGUCAGUAUAGACACUAUUUUCUCUCACUGGAUAAUUCUCAGGUUCAGGUGCAGUCCACCUUAGAACAUGUGGCAUUCUAGAAGCACAAGCCCAGCAGAUGGGAGGCAACAUAUGUCUCAGUUCACCAGACUUACACUCUACCUCUUUCUUAUUUGUCUCACUGGUGGUAGUGAAGAUAUAGGUCAGACUUUGCUGGGGACAGGAUGCCCACCCCUCAACCCUGCCUCCUCAUCUGCCUAUUUGGGCUUCUUUGAUGCAGCAUGGAUCUUGUCCUGUGGGUGUGCAGUCUUCCAGGCAAGAGGAGGGUGCAUUUACAGAAAUCUAGAUGAAUCCCUUAAAGCAUCUUGGUCUUUUGCUGGCUUCCCACUAACUAGGAUUUUUCUGACUGGUGACAAUAACUAAAUAUUAUGUUUGCGAAAUUCUUGGCAAGUAAUUUCCCUAGGAUUGUACCUAAUAAUCAUUGUACUAUUUCCACUUCUCCCCCGCCCCCACUUCACAUAUGUUAUGUCUCCUCACUCCUGAAACAAACACCUAUAAUUAAUACUGAUCAUGGUUUUAUUUUGUUUCAUCAAUAUUACUAGAUAUUGUAUUAUACCAGAUUGUAUUAUAUGUUCAAAAAACAUAGUCCUCUGCACAUGUACCUGUGGGUUCUUAGUCUCUUGAAUAGUUUGUAGGCAAUCCAAAGUUUCAUAUUCACAAUGAUGGGUGACACUGUACAAGAGACUAAGAACCCACAGGUACCUGGGUAGUCUUGGGCAAGCUAGUAAUUUGUGCAUUACAUUCCUAUGUCUACUUGUAAGUAAGUUCUAAUGUAUUCAUUGUUUCUUAUUCCCAGGAUUCAGAUUCCCAUGCAUAGUAUGCAGAACAUGCAUAGGAGAUAGAUGCACACAUGCGCGCGCACACACACACACACACACACACGGCAAUAUAUCACAAAUCACAAUGUGUGCAAGGGCUAGGCAAUAUCUGCUUUUUAACAUCGUAAUAAUUCACCAGCUAAACACUGCAAUGUUACCAGCAGCUAAACCUCACAAUAUCACCACCUAAACAAUGUUAUUACCAGCUAAACAUUGCAAUAUACCACAAUGUUGGAAAUAAGGAUGGAACUAUACGGAGGCAAACAGGAUAAUGUUCUGGCAACUGCUACUACCUAGGGGUCUAAAAUGGAUAAAUGACAAUAUUGCCAAUCAUCACACACUCAGUUUCAUCAGCAGGCAAGCAGAUACUGUGAUAUAUUGAUAUAUUGUGAUGUUUAGCUGGUGAUAUAUCACAAUAUUGAAAACCACUUAUCGCCUACCCUCUCCCUCCCUCUUCCUCUCUCUCCUCCCCCCCUCACAAUCGACCACCUGAAAGAAGCUCAUGGGCCUGAAUUUUAGAUCACUAACUUUUAUAGUCAGUUAGAUUUUUACUAUUUUAGAAUGUUUUGCAGUAAUAUUUCAUCCUCUGAUUGUCUCUUAAUUUUUAAACACCCCCUCUCCCGUUUUUCUAAUUGAAAACAUUCUUUUAUUGCCCAGGAAACAAGUUGCUUCAACAUUUUUUGAGAGAUGCGAAUUAUUGUUGUUUCUUUACUGUCACGGUGCUUCAUUGCAGCAAAGAACUUUAAAAGAGAAACUAAAAUAAAGUGAUUCCUAAUUGUACUAGAGCCUCUAGUCCUAGUGUCCUAAUUUAGUUAAUUUCUAGAAAAGCCAGAUUAGCAGAAAUUCCUAAACUUCAGAGAUCUCUUAACCUGUUUUGUUUUAAUGUUAAUUGAUCCCUAUUGAAAAUAUUUUUGCUUUGUUUAGUCACUUCUUUCCUCCAGUAAAAUAAAAAACAAAACAAAACUUCUUGUUACAUUUAAAAGAGUCUGGUCCAACUGUAUUUUGGUAGAGAAGAGGAAGUGCAUAUAAUAGGCAUCCCUUGAAUACUUUUUUAUGGCAACAUGCCUAUUCUAUUGUUUACAAUUUUCUUGAGUAACCCAUUAUUUUAAUGAUUGUUUUGUACUACUUUUAAUGUUUCUAAUGCUUUAAUAUUGCUGUAAAUCACCCUGUUAUUUUUUUUUAAGAAAGCUGUAUUUACGUACCUUUAUAAAUAAAUGUAUUGGUGGUCCUCAGACUCUGAGCUACAGUUGUAAAAGGAGUUGAAAGACUUGAGACUGAGUUUGGGUGAGCAAAAGAAGAUGGGCAAAGGGAACUAUACUUGUACAGAAAGUGCUUUGAAUCCUGGCCUAUGUAUUUGUGUAGGGAAACCCUUCCAGUAGCGAUACAUUGUCACACUUCUGGUUUUAUUUUUCAUAUAAAUUUGUUACAUGUUCUCUAGGAAUUAUCUGUGUAUUCCUCCAAACCAACAAGUAUGGCCAGAAUUAGUGGACCUGGUAUUUGCACCAUGAACAAGACUUAACUGCACAUAUAUAUAUAUCUAUAUCUGCAGGAUUGUACUCUAAAGCGGAGGGACUGUAGGAAUAAAAUAUAAAGUUGAAUACAAACCAUCAAGUUUAAAUUUGAAAAACAUUGCUUUUUUAGAUUUAAAAACUACAAUGACAUUAGGAAAUGUGAAUGAUAAAACUAAACAAUGAAAACACUUUUAAUAUAUUCUUCUGGUCAUAAAUGUAGGGGUGUAUAAUGAGUUUCUGUUCGUAACGUAACCUUUUUAUUACACAACAUUCGUUUGUCAUGAAACAGAAGGUAGCAGAUCUUGACAUAUUUAUAUGUAUAGCUUUUUGUUCAAAGUAGUUAAGCUUUUCAUAAGUUAGUAAUAAUACUGUUCUAAAGACCAAAUGAAUAGUAUGGUUUCAAUCUGUAACUUCUCAGUAUCAACUGGUCCUGAUCCAAUUAUCAGUAUAGUUUGAUUUAGCUAGUGUGAAGUAUUUAUUUAUUUAUAUUUAUUUUAUAUCAAUCUAUAUCUAUCUCCAGGUUAUAUAUUGAUGCAAUUCUUUAUAUUUUAAGAUACAAACUUUUGAAGUAACAUCUGCUGAUUGCUUUCCUCCCUGGGUUUUGUUUUGGAUAGCUUGAAGAUGGACACACCUUAUUUGAUUAUAAUGUGGGACUGAAUGAUAUAGUUCAGCUUUUGAUACGCUCAGAUUCUGAUGCUCCUGCUUCUCCAUCAACGAAUGAAGAUGGAAAUCCCAGUUCUUGUGGAGUUGUGAACUGUAAGAACAAAGCCAAGCAAGGAGCAAACAGUGGAUCAUCUAAUCAGCCAUCUACAUCAGCACGUUCGUUUCUUAUUGAUCCUGGCAUUGGACGAUACAAGGUAUUUGUAUUUUUGUAAAUUUUGGACUGUAUAAUUGUACAUAUAAAUUUUACUCUCAUGACUAUUGUGAAGUAAAAAAUGUUAAGUAAAGUUUGAGGUUUGUAUAUUGGAUUUCUGUCUAAAUUUAGUUGCCCCUCUUUCCAGGGGGAUAAAUCCCCACCCCACCCCCAAGCCAUUUUAAGGAAUCAUCCUCUACUCCAGUGAUGGCCAAACCUGGCCCUCCAGCUGUUUUGGGACUACAACUCCCAUCAUCCCUAACAGGAUCAGUGGUCAGGGAUGAUGGGAAUUGUAGUCCCAAAACAGCUGGAGGACCAAGUUUGUCCAUCACUACUCUACUCCAUACAAGUUAAUGGUGAGAGUGAAAAAGAGACUAGCCCUAAAAAUAGCUGGUGGUGGGAAAACACUGCCCCUGGGACUCUAGGAGCAACAGUAUCCUUGCUGGAGGAAUAAGAUUUCCUCCCCACUUUUGGAGUUGAACUUAUCUUCAAUUUCCAGGGGCUGGUUUGACAGUUCAAAUGGCUUCAUGAGCCUGAUGUGCACCAUAGCUUUCCUGCCACUGGUCUACAUGAAACUCCUCUGCUGUAAGCACAAAUUCACUGUAAUGGUUUUAGGAAAUUUCAGAUGUAAUAAAGCCUAAAACUCAAUGGAUUCAUUGAAUCUAGAAUUUAUUUUCAAGUUAUUUGAUGGGAUAAAACUUGGAAGUGCCCUCUUCCCUUAAAGUCAUUAAAAAGCUGGUAUCUAGGAAUUUUGAAGCCAUGGAAAAUAUUCAUUUUUCUAGGUUUUUUCCCCAGGCAAAAUGAUUUUUUGGGAAAAUGGAAAAACAUGCAGUACCUUUUUUAGUCCUCCUUUCAUUUUUAGAAACAUAAAACGUAUUAUGUAUAUCUUGGUUUGUCGUUCAAUUAUCAUGUUUGAUACCUUAAAAUAGUGUUUAUUCAGUCAAUUCCAAAUUGAAUAUCUACUUUUUAAAUGUUUUAUUACAAAUGAAGCUAAGCUACUGAACUGUAAGGAAUUUAGCAUCUCUUUCAUUUUUCCAGUUUAUGAAGAGCAGGCAGAAAACAAUAAAAACAGGAGAAACCACCUGUCAGGGAGAGGCAAACGGGAAAAGAUGAAAGGACAGAAACCAGCAGUUAUAGAGAGCCUAAAGAGAUUAUCAGCAGCUUGUCGUCUGACAGUCAGUCUGACGUAGAGGGGGAGGAGGAUGAGCCUGGGACAAGUCAUGCUGUACACAGAGGAAGUAAGGGGAGGAGUUUUCGCAGACUUGCAUGCUGGGUGCGGAAAAGGAGGAGCAACUGCGCACAAGGGGAAGGAGGUUAAUGGAAACGCUGGAGAUGUACGUUUGAACUUUGUCAAAUAAAUCAAUUGUUUGGAACUGGCUGGGAGCCCGGAGUCUUAUCUAUGGCCAGCUGGACAGCACUAAGCCUCUGACACCACCAACAUUAUAGUAAGAAAAUUACUGUGUAUUCUGAAAAUUAUCCUGAGUUGUGUUCAGCACUCAGGGAAGACUCAUUGACAUUAAUGAAUCUAAGUUAUUCAUAUGUAUUAAUAUCAGUGGGGCUACUCUGUGCAGGAUGACUCUUGAAUGGUACCCUAUGUUUCCUUAAGUGCUCCCAAAGUGUCAAGUAGAUAUAAAGUAUUUACUGUAUUUUUCCAUAUAGAAGACUAGGUUUUUUCCCUAAAAAAUAAUGUCAAAAAUUAGGGGGCAUCUUAUACUCUGGGCCAUCUUCCCUCAUUUUCUUAAAUCUGAGUCCCCCAAAAUAGGGGGCGUCUUAUACAUGGGGGCAUAUUAUAGACAAAAAAAUAUGAUAUUUUCAUAAGCAAGCUGUGAAAAGGGUGAGUAAACCAAGACUCAAUGAAUACUGCAUGAAAUUUAAUCAGUCUUAUUUUCUGAGUUACCAAUACAGUGGUGCCUCGCAAGACGAAAUUAAUCCGUUCCGCAAGAGUCUUCGUCUAGCGGUUUUUUCGUCUUGCGAAGCAAGCCCAUUGACGGAUUAGCGCUAUUAGCGCUAUCAGCUGUUUAGCGGCUAUUAAAGGCUUAAAGGCUUAGGGGAUUAGCUGCUAAAAGGCUAUUAAAGGCUAUUAAAGGCUUAGCAGAUUAGAUAAAGGGGAAAAGCGAAAAAAAUCUCAAGACUCGCAAGACAUUUUCGUCUUGCGAAGCAAGCCCAUAGGGGAAUUCGUCCUGCGAAGCAACUUCAAAACGGAAAACCCUUUCGUCUAGCGGUUUUUCCGUCUUGCGAGGCAUUCGUCUUGCGGGGCACCACUGUAUCAGUUUCUGUUUCUUCAAAUAUAUCAUGGAGUUCUGUGUUAUUCUGACAGGCUAAUACCCCUCUUUAACAUUUUUGAUUGAUUUUUUUGUGAUAAUUUAGUGAACUUUACUGGCAGAAUUAUAGAGUCUUAUUUUUGGGUGAAAAGCUUUGCCAGUCAUUUGUGACUAUGUUCCUGGUCUGGGUUCAGAUUCUGUCCAUUUUAAAUAUUUUUAUUUUUCUUUUUUAAUGCUGAACAGCAUUAGUUGUAUACAUUACAUGUUUUUAAGUGUCCAAAAGACCUGGGAUUAGCAUAUUUAGCAUUUAUUUUGUUUUCUUGGUACCACACUCCUGGAAGCAAUGUGGAGCACAACAAAGGUGCUUUAUAGUGUAACAUUCUUUUUAUAUUAUGACUGCACCUUAUUUUUGAUAAUGUUAUAUCAUUUCUCUUCUGUUUCAGAAGCAUGCAAAUUGAGUUUUCUUACACAAUUUUACAGACUGUAGUGCAAGUGAGCUUAUGUACUGGUUUGAUUGGGCUGAAAAUGUACAAGCCUUUUCACAUGCCUCAUUUAAUAUUCAGUUACCAUAGAAAUUUGCUGAUACUGAACUACAUACUGCUGCAGCUGGAAUUCAGGCUUUGUUAAUCGUUCAGUUCCUGGGCGCCUGUUACCAGGGCUCACACGUUGAACGUAAUGGCUCACCUAAGGCCAUAAAUAUACUGAGAGCUAUGCCAAAAUAGCCCUGUUUUCUCCUUUAAUUUGAGGUUCCGUGAUCUAGUUUCUGGCUUGUGGGCUAGAGCCACCCCUUAAGAUCCCAACUCGCUCACUUACCUGUUUUUCUGUCCCUGCAACAGUGGGGUUAAGGAAACUGGACACUGGGACAGCUGUAACCAUACUCAGAAGGAACAUGGUACAGGAGCAUGCAGACAUGGAAAUUCUGUUCUUGGUGGUAGUGUGGCUUUAACAGGAAGCCACAAGACUGCUAAUGAAAACUUAGUUUAGCUAUGUGUAGUUAAGUAUUAUUCUGCUGGGUUUGAGUCAUUAAGACCUUUCAUGGUCUUGAUGCCUUCUCUGUCCUCUUGGAUCAAUAGUUCAGUUAUCCUGUCAGCUUCCUCCUUUCUAGCAGUACUGCCUCCCUCAAGUUUUCCUCCAAUCCUCUCCUUUCAUCAACUUUGUUCCUCACUGGUUUUUUCUGUAGGCCUUUUGUUGAAGUGAGACUAAGCUUAAAUCAUGGGUACUUUAUGGGCCCAUAGGCUCAUUUGGAAAACUAACAAAGCUUUGUGGGCACCAAAAGAACCCACAGAAGAAAAACUAGUGAUGUGCAGACACCCAAAACAAAUCAGUCAAAAAAGCAACCCUCUGCCCCGGAAAAGCUGGUAUGCUCCAACCAAACAAUAAAAAGUGUUGCUGUUGUCCCUCGCUUCCAAAAGAAGGGAGUCUUGCUGGGCACCAAGAGGGUUGUCUGAGGGUGCCAUGGUACCUGUGAGCAUCAAGAUGGGAACUCAAGGUUUAGACCACUCAAUUUUCAAAAUGACUGUUUCCUAUUUCCCUCUUUAGAAUAGUGAAGCAAAACUGUCAUCAGAGUUGGUGGCUUUCAGUGUAGUGAAGGAUCAUAUAAAUAGAUAUGGGUUGGCCGUUUAAACUGUAGUUAUAGUCUGUUUGAUGUGCACAGCUAAAUGUAACAUUCCAGUUAAUAUGAAAAAAAUAAUGCUACUGUAGUUGCAGUAGAUUUUAUUUGCCAAAGCAGAGAGAAAACUAAAUAUACUUUAGUCAAGGGGUAAGCGCUGCCAUCACCCCUGACCAUUGAGCAUACUGGCUAGGUAGUUGUAUUCCAAAACAUCUGAAAGGAAGCCAUGUUGGCUACUCCUGAUUUUGGCAGGUUCCCUUAUGCAAGGCAGAGGCAAGCUGCCAUCUGCACUCCUCCAUGGUGUCCUCCUGAACCAAUUGGGAAUUGGGGGCACUGUAUUUCUGUACUUACAGUUCUACAGCGGUUACAGCUCUACCUAGGGGACAGAGUCCAGAGAGUAGCACUGGGAGAGUGCUUUUUGACUUCCUAUUGGUUGCACUAAGGUGACGCUGGGCACUAUUCUAUAUUCAGUUCUGUUUGCUGAAUUUUAUAUAAAUAUAAUUGGAUAUAAAUAUGUAAAUAAGCAGUUAGAUAUAAAUACAUGCAAAUGUGCAGUGGGUUGUGAGCAUUGACAUCAUUAGGAAAAGUAUAGGUGUUUUAGCAGAUGAAAUAAAAUGUAUCUUAAAGAAUGUAGGUGAUGUGUUCUUUUUCAUUGGAGAGAGGAGAAGUUCUUGGCCAUCAAGGAAAGUAUGUUGGGCUUUUGUUUUUAGUGAAAAAAGGAAGAAGUGAAAUAGUCCAUAAAGUGCUGGGUUUUGUUGUUAAGGGCAGGAGGGAUUGUGGUAGCUUUAAAAAGCAUGUUAGUGGGAAACGCAGCCCUAAAGAAUUGUAGGUGCAUUACACUAAGCAUUUAAAAAACAAAUAAAUCACAAAAUAGCAUAGGCAUGGAGGGAGUUGUUUUAUGCAUCAGCAGUGACCACAGAGUUACUGGUUGAUUAAUUCCUGUGGCCUUUUUCUUGCAACCAUUGCUAACCCAAUGCCCAAAGUAUUGUAGUAAAAGUGCUAGUUUGGAGAAAAAACACAUUUCCAAGAGCUAACACAUUGAGUUCUGUGAUGUGAUUUUCACUCCUCAGAAGUGCUUCCUAGGAACAAUACAUUUGAAUUCUGCACAACAAAUGAAUAACUGCAUUUAUUGUUUCAUAAGAGAUAAUUUGGAAAGGUUACGUUGUGUACUGUUAGAGUAUAUGCAAAAAUAAUAAGCACAAAAUCACCUUUUCAUUGGCAAAGCUGAAUUAUUUCAUUGGAGGAUGGUUUGUAAAUGGAUGAGCAAAGAACAGUUUUCAGAGUUAAAGGAUUUCAUUAUUAUUGUGGAGAAGGAAAUGUCUAGAGAAAAUGAAGAAAGCAGUAAAAUACAGGAAAAGCAGGAAUAAACAAAGGUUAGGAAGCUUCUGUAACCUUAGUGAUUGUGAAUAGUUAUGUGAAGGAGAGAAUAGUAAUUUAAAACAAGAGCUGCUCUGUUCACAUCUGUAGUUUAUUUGUGUUGAAAUGAUUUUCUGACAAAAUGUAGAAUAUUUUGUUUAGUUUUAAGAAUGUGAAGGUAGAGUGAAUUUAACUAAUGCAGUUGCAUUGUAGUUGGGGAUCCACAGCAUUAUUAAUUCUGUACUUUUUCGGCAUAACAUUCACUAAAUGUCAAAUUUAUUUUUAGAUAAAUGAACUUGUGGAUGCCCGAGAUGUUACUAUUGGAUCCUGGUUUGAAGCUCAUAUACAAAAUGUAACUCAAGCAACAAAAGGACAUAAAAAUGGAAAAGCACAAGGAAAGAGUGGCAGUAAUUACAAAAGGACUAAUGGAAACUUAAACCAAGAUCACUCUAGAGAAAAUGCAAAUAAUUUGGACAAUGCACCUUCUACAUCUUACUCAGAUUAUAUGGACACUGAUGAAGAUACUGUUUAUCAUAUCAAGUAUGAUGAGUAAGUGCUGCUGAUAUUAUUAUGAGGACACCAUGUGCAUUUAUAUGGUUGGUAUAAGAUAAGAAUUUUCACAAGAAAUUGAAAUCCUUAAGAAAACAAGUUCACAUUCCAAGUUCAAAAGAAACAGGAUUUUACAAACCACAAAACAUUUCUGUUUGAUAUAAUGCAUUUCCUGGGAGCAGCAGGAUUUAUUUUGGGAGUUUGGCUGAAAUACUAACUGUAGUUCCUUUGAGAAACCCAGACUUUCGCAGGAUGUGAAUACAUAAAUUAGCCUUGCAACAGUAUUUUAUAGUAGUUUGUAUAUACAGUCAGAGCAUAACUCUUAAAAAAUUAUCUGGAAUUACUAAACAAAACUGAAUAGGUUUACUAUUAAUAAGUGAAGAAAUAUAUAGGAAUACAGUUUUGUCAGUACAUUAUUUACUUAAACCCUGUUAGCUUUUCCUGUAGGAAGUAUUUUGGAGAGACAGAUGAGCUCACUGUUAACUGCUUAUUGAUGUGAAGAGCAUAGUAAUGGGGUCUCAACCCAUCUUCCAGAGUAGGACAAACACCAAAUCCCUUAGCCACAACUCACUAAAUAUACACACAGUGACCUUUGGCCAACUGGAAGUAUGUGUUUUAAUUGGCACUCUGUGUGUGUGUGUGUGUGUGUGUGUGUGAGAGAGAGAGAGAGAGAGAGAGAGAGAAAGUGACAGGGAGAGAGGGGUGGGGAUAGUUUGCUUCCACUCCUUGAUCCCUGGUUAUCCUGAUUCAAAAUGACUCAGUAACUGCGUGGCCUUGGUCAUGUUUCUGUCAAAAUCCAAUGCACAUCUUCAGCCUGAACAGGAUCUGACUCCUGUAGAUAAAAGGAUAUUGUUGUGAGAUGAUUAAUUUGUUUCUUUUACAUAUUUUGCAUGAAGGCAUGUUUUGUGUUGUCAAGAAGGAGAAAGAAAUAUUUAAUAUAUUACUGUUGUUGUUGUUAUUAAAGUUUGUAUACUGCCCUUUAUCCGUAGAUCUCAGGGUGGUUCACAACAUAAAAUUACAAUGUGUUACGGUUGUUGUAUUGUAAAAAUACAAGCAUAUAAUAAUACAGUGAUACCUCGGGUUACAUACGCUUCAGGUUACAUACGCAUCAGGUUACACACUCCGCUAACCUAGAAAUAGUGCUUCAGGUUAAGAACUUUGCUUCAGGAUAAGAACAGAAAUUGGGCUCCGGCAGCACGGCGGCAGCAGGAGGCCCCAUUAGCUAAAGUGGUGCUUCAGGUAUGAACAGUUUCAGGUUAAGUACGGACCUCCGGAACGAAUUAAGUACUUAAGCCAAGGUACCACUGUAUUCUAGUAUUAGCAGUAGGUAGGGGACCUGCUGCCUGUGCUGAGAUCUCAAUUCUGUUGUUUUUAAUCUUAUAUGGCCAGUGUUAUCUUUCUGCAGUUAACCUAAUACAGAUGUUAUAGGGUACCUAACAAUAUCAGCUAUUUGUACAUUCAUAAUUGAAAAUGAAAUACUGGGCUCUUCAUUUGAUAAUGAACAUCGGCUUUAGUACAGUACUUUCUGUUUUGUAAGGGAGUAGGCCAAGAUGCAUGUGUGUAACUUGAGUCUAAUUCAUAUUUCUUAAUCGAUUAAGGAAGUAGCCUCAGAAUAAACCCUUUGUGUGGACAAAGGGUCUAUUCAGGUGCCACUUUCUUAAGCUGGUUAAGAAACUAUUUUUUCAGGUAUUGCCCGUGAAGUUCAUCUUCAGAUGGUACAUUUUGCAUAGACUGAAUGGGCUGCUUUUGCACAUCAUGUCAAACCUUAGUUUAGUAAGAUCUGCUCAUGUAGGAACAAGUUCCUGUCUCCCUGAUGGCUUGUUUUAACCCAUCAUUGUUAAGAUUAAUUUUGGUUAUGCAUCUGGAUGAUGUAAUAAUUUGUUCUUAAUCAAAAGUGGAAGUGAAAUCUUGGCCGUGUGGAAAGAGGGGAGCUAAUCAAUCUCAGACUGCAGCUCAUUCCUGCUCAUGCGUAGUGCCGUAAACUGAUUUGGCUUGAUGUGCAGAUGCAAGCCUAGUGUAGGUGAAUAUCUUAUUUUUGUUGCUUGGGGCUCUUUUGCUUCAGUUUUCACUGAGCCUAUAACAUAACAUAUGUUUUAUUUAAAAUGCCACACUUGUAGAGUGAAAGUCCUUGUACUGGUUUGACAUAUUGCUUGAUUUGCUUCUUUGAGGAGCACUGAGGGGAUGCUUGUCUUGCUUGUACUUCAUUAGGGCUUUGGGUAUGGGGGGUAGUGCUGGCACCUACUUUUGCUGAUAACCCUGUGGAUCCGUGAACCAAGAUUGGUCCCUAUUUCUAUGCUGGGAACCGUGGACACAGAUCAGACUCCUCCAUUGCACUGUGUUUUGCACUGUUUUUGAAGGGUUCAGUUUUGAAGUGUUCCUCAUAAGUGGCUUCCAAGUUGUUCGGAAACAGGUACUGAAAACACUCUUAGGUUUGCCAGCCUCUGAUCCCCCGUGCCUCCAAGAAAAGGAAGUAGCACCAUGCUGAUUUAUUGUCUUCACCUAACAAUUAGGGAUGGAGCCUUGGUUUCUAGCAUUCCUGUGCUAAGUGCUUCUUAACUGGCUUCAGUGUUGGUUUAAGUUUUGUAUGUGAUUGCAUGUGUGCUGUUACUAGUAGAAUCUAUUAGACAGGGUGGAUUGGGUUGGACAAUACGCAGCUUUCCAUUAGCAGUGUCAAAAGCCAGAAUAAACACAGCUUAGCUGUAAUUGCUUACCUACCGUCUUCUUGAACUUACCUAAAAAACAAGGAAAAACAAAAACUGAGUCAAGAAGUUGUAAGAACUUAGUAAAAUCUGACACUGCAAGUUCACUUUAUUUUAGAUAGCUUCUAAGUUUUCAUGGCACUUUGUAAGUAGUUGUCUUAUUCUCACAAAUCUGAUAAAGGGUGAAAAAUUGUUUUUGGACAAGAAUAUUAAUUGUGUGAAUAAUUGUCGCCUAUGUGCUGUAUGGGUUGCACAAUCAUCAUUAACGGCACAAGUUGUAUUUCUUCAGCAGCGACUGUAAUUGCUAAGCGGAGCCAUAUUUCUCAUAAGAAUGACAGAGAGACUGGACUAAGAAGCUGUUUUGGUUCCUGUGAUGCAAUGCUGAUAGUUACAGCUAUCCUUAUCUCUGUUGAAGGAUCCUCGACAAUCUCUUUCUGGCCAUAUUUCCAUGAUCUUUCUGGGCACAGACAUGCUCACUUUCAUGAGCCACAACUCUUGGUCAUACUAGCGUCUUAAUAGCUCAUACUCAACAUUGUCAGACUGAACCUUGGAGCCUUCAGUGGAGCAUGUUGUAGGGAUCCCAAUCCUACCUCUUUGUAUGAAGAUCGCUUUCAUAUGAAAUAAGUGCAGAGAAUGGCCCAAUAUCUGGGAUUGAAAUACACACUUCCUCAGGUGAAUGUUACUAGCUAUACUUUUAAUAGCUAAAAAAUCCUGAAACAAGCUCUUGUUCAUUUCAUAGUACUUGGAAAGCAGUUUUAGUGAAGGGGCUGCUGCUUUCGUUUUAACCACUUGGCUAUCAACUCACUUGCUGAGGCAUACCAACAUGGAGGGAAGCUAGGUUUUCUGGAUAGAAAAUUAGUCUACAAUUUUCUUACCUUUGUGAAGGCUAGGUACCAAUGCUUUCAAUGGGACAACCCCAUGCUUUAUCUUGAUCACACUCCAGAUGACAAGAAAAAUCUGGCUCAUGUGUUUCAGGCUGAUGCACUUCACUUUACUAAGGAACAAACACUACAUGUUACAAUGAUGAUUGGGAUUCAAAGGAUGUGGUGAGUACUAUUGCUGUUUGCCAAUAAGCCAAGUCUUACUCUACUUCACUGCUUCCAUAGAGUAUGGCCAGCACAGAGCACCUGUCCCUUAGUGAAGUUUGUUUUAGUAUCUAGAAGGAUGGUAGCUUAGAAGGACUCAAGGGGGCCAAAAUUACAGCUUGGUUUCUUGAAAUCUCACCCCAGUCUACCUAUUCAUCUAAUACCAUUCAUGGCAUUGCUCUCUGGAAACUAUCGUCUUCUAUGUCUUCUACUGGAGAAUAUGCACCAGGAAAUUCUACACUGAUGCACUGCAUCAGAAUUAUUGGUGCUCUCAACCAGAGUUUUCAGCUAGUACAAGGACAAUUGGAUGGCUAUAUAAAUGAACCCUUUGGCUGCUGUUUCUCUUCACCUCACCAUCUUGUUCAGCCUUCAGUAAACCCCCAACAGAUAUUGUCUGUACUCUCCCUGUAUCCUCCCUCUUUAGGAAGAAGUUGAUAAAGAGGAAAGUGGAGCAAUUGAGGUUCAAGUAUCUCAGAGUCAUCUAAGCUCUACUUUUCUAUACUUUAACAUGCCAGAGAAGAACAGAAGACUUUGACAGAACCUUGAAUUUUGUGGUGUCAACUUCUUUAUAAGAAAGUCCCAAGAAAUUCCAGAUGAUCCAUGUUUGCAUAUAUUCUUCCCUGCCUCACAGAUAGUUUGGAUUUUGCGUAUAGAUCUAAAUUUCUGUAUUUCCGUUGAACGGCAACACACCUCCAGUUUGCAAACAGACCGGUUCCUUUUCAAUACUGAGUUUUAGCUUUCAGCUUUCCCACCAAAUCAAGGGUAUAUCCUAAUUUAUCACCCUCAUUGUAGCUUACUGUGAUUGUGGAUGGAUUAUGGUCUUGAUUUCUGCAAGCAGUUGGUUUCCAGUAGGAAAUUGUGCAACAAUGAGGAACUACAUUCCAUAGUCACUUUGUUAACACAGGGAGAAAGGUAUCAUUCAUAUCAAAUCACUUUUUUUACAUUCAUGAAGGCUGCCAUUGUACUUAGAGGCAUUUGUGUAAAUAUACGUGGUGAUUACUCAAAGAAUCUACAGUGAAAUUUCAGAUUCAGUGGUGUAAGGCAGAUAUAAUAAAUCAUAUAAUAAAUCAUUUUAAAUAAUGAUAAUAUAAUAUACAAAAUAAAGUCAAUAAAACAAUGCGAAAAGUGUUCAUCUGAAAGAAAAAUCAAAAAAUCACUGAAAACACAGAAAACACUCACUCCCUGAACACACGAUGAAUAUCUACAGCCACCAAAGGCCCGAUCAUUCAAUGCCCAAGAGAAUAAAACUGUAUUUUCCCUGAUGUUAGAAAGAUGACAAAGUAAGUAUCAGUGAGGCUUUUCACAGUCAGGGCUACCACAGUAAAGGCAGGUUCUCCCCUUUCAACAUCUGGAAGGGACACACAGAGAAGGGCCUUGUAUGUUGUUCAACAUCUGUGUAGGUUCACAUGAAGGAAGGUAGUCCAUGGUAGUUUCAGAAUCCUAAACCAUGCAGUCUUUUAUGGGUCAAAAUCAGCACUUAGAAUUCUGCUGGGGGGUGGGACUGGCAGUCUAUGCAAGUGGGCUGGAGCUGAAGUUUUCUGUUUAGACCAGGAACCCCCAACCUUCGGCCCUCCAGAUGUUUUGGACUACAAUUCCCAUCAUCCCUGACCACUGGUCCUGUUAGCUAGGAAUCAUGGGAGUUGUAGGCGAAAACAUCUGGAGGGCCGCAGGUUGGGGGUGCCUGGUUUAGACCAUUAAGUCUAGUAAGUAGUCUAGCUGUCACAUUCUGCAUUCUUGGAAUCCUCCCUACUCUCUCAAACGAUCUCUUUCUCUUCCCAGGAAUGUGAUACAGCAUUCUUAUAGGCAUAGACAAAACAGAAACCCAGCCGAUCACCAUUAAGUCACUAGCCCGUAUGAAGCAAACCCCACAGCCUCCUGUUCAGCAAAUGUUAAGGAGGUGCCCUUGUGCCUUCCUGCAAGCAAUGUCAUCCCAAAGGGAGCUAUAGCCCCUCACCCUCAGAAAUGAGUCUGUCAUUGUGGUGGUGGUGGUGGGGAAGGCUUCCUCUGCCAGUGAUGUUCUGCUAGCUCUGUCCUUUUGCCUUUCUUAUAGCACAUAGUUCAGGGCACACAGAGCAUCACAACACACACCUCCUUCAGCCACUAUACCUGCUUGAAAGAUAAAGCUCUCACCCCUAGAAGGUCAGGUGGUAAGAGAAAUCAAAGGAGCUUCUUCUGGUAUGUUGCGUAAAUGUGGGUUCAGGUAGUAUAUAUGGUAGGCCAUAUUUUCUUUCAUGGAAUAGUUUUUUUCUAGUUAUUUGCUUUUAAUAAGCAGUGGUUGUGAUAGUAACCUAUAGUGUGUGUGUGUGUGUGUGUGAAUAUAGAUAUAAAGUUUUAUUAUCUGUUAGAUGUUAUUCAAAUUUUAAGAUAUGCAGAAAUAUUAUUCAUCUUUAAAUUGUUGUGUUCUGGUAAGAGUUUGCAUUUGGAGGCAUUGCCAUCUGGGGAAAGAUCCUGAUGCACAGCAGUGGGCUUCCUGAAUGAAAUGGUGCACAAGGCAGAUGGUUUGCACUUUCAGCUUUGACAUUGCUAAUCAACCGUAUUUGUGUGUGCUGUGAAUUAGGACAUCCCCUUCUCUGACACAUGAGCUUCAUUGUUAAAACUGACAACACCCACCAUCUUUUCAAUGGGACUUACAACAACCUGUGUGUUAGAGGUGGCAUUUCUCCCCCCCCCCCCCCCCCGCUUUGAAUAACACUAUUGCCUAUGUAGGAGCACUUCCAGAUGGGAAGCUUGAACAUGCAAGCCUGUUUCAAAGCACAAACUUCCCUUGUCAGAUUGUGCUUGCUUGAUAAGACUGUCCUUGUUUAAUAUUUUGGUCCAAAAUGAUCAGUCUAGCUUGAGGGAAGGGAAAUAAAGUGAACUGUGAACAGAUAUGAGUCAGUUGUGGAUUCCAUGAAUCAAUUAAAUGGACUUGUUUUAGAUGUAAAUUAGAAGGGGGUCAAGAAAGGAUGAAAUGGUUUUAUAAUAGACCUUAAAUUUAGGAUAGAUUUGUUGUAUGUUCACAUAGGGUUAAUACUUUUAUCUGAGCCACAUUCUAGUAAUGUAUAAAUACAGCCUGUGGUCAAGGAAAACUGGGAGUCUUUCUUCAUGGGCAACCAAUUGCUAAGAAAGGUUUCCAUAGAGAUGGAAGAUCACGUGAGAGUUCUGCUAUGCUAGCAUUAAUAUUUAAAAUUAGAAGCAGGUUUGGUAGGGUUAAGCUUUCACAGAGUCAAUCAUCUAUUGAGCAUUUUAUUUUUUAAAGACUUGCUCUUACAUUUGUUGGAUCCCCCCCCCAAUAUUAAUAUUUUAUUAGAGAUACUUUUAUAGUAAAAUCUUGAUUCUUGUAGAAACUAAAGUUAUUAAAGACACGAGUUAUUAUUUCAGAUGCAUCAGGUGCACUCACAGUCUAUCAAAAUAAAUGAGAAAGACCCUAUUAUUUUCAAUAGAAUGUGAAUUGCAGCUAUUACUUAAGUUAACAUUGCAAAGCUGGUAUAUGUAUAGGUCUACAAUAUAUAUGUAACUGAAAAGCGCAUUGUUAGUUUAAGAUUAUGCUAAGAUUGUAACGAUUAAACUAUAUAAGGGCAAUAUACUAAUUAGAAAAUAAUGGGCUUGCUUCAUUUUUGGCUCUCUAUUUUUAACAAAAUUCCUUCAUCUUGGUGAAAAUGAAAUCAGAAUCUCCUUUUGUUUCUUUGUCUGAUUUUGCUCUAUUUCGUGUACUGCAGUGCUGUAUUAUACUGCUACAGUUUAAAUCAUAUAGCUGUGAAUGCUGCACUGCUCUGCUAUAGUUAAAAUGCUCCAUUUAGUGGUGGAUUAGUAAACCUAUUGAAAUAAAGGGAUUUGACUUCAGUGGGUCCCCUCUGAGGGUGACUUAGUUGGAUAUCACCCAUUGUUUAUAGGCAGAUGUUCUGGAAAUAUUUGAAACUGAAUGUGUAAUACUGUUUGCAUUGAAGGUGUGCAGGUGGCUUUUUAUUUUCUGCAUCUCUUCCUAACAGACAAAGAAAUGAAUUUCCUAUCUCCAAGCUGUAGAGAAUUGGAACAAUAGAGGAGUGAUAUAGUAGAUUAUUCCUCUUAGAAACCAGAGAGAAUAUGGCUGAAGCUAGGGUGUCUAGAGGUCUGUAAUCUGCACAACUCCGUGUCCUUCCCCAUAGCUAUAGGAGGGGUCACAAAUGUGACCCCUGCCAGAUGUUACUGGACCACCGCUUCUGUUCUCCCUGACCAUUGGCCAUGCUGACUGCAGCUGAGUGGGGCUGGGAGUCCAACAACAUCUGGGGGGCACCAUGUUUUUUUGCUCCUGGCCACAGUCGCUGUUUCCUUAGCUCUCUUAUGUCUUUUGCUGUGCAAAUCUCUGUGUAUCUCUUUCCCCUGAGUAAAAUUUUCAAAUUGUACAAAAACCCAUAUUUGUUCUUGAAUUAAGUUGAAUGGUAAAUGUAUCCCCUCUUGCAUAAUUUCUUUUAAUAAUAAUACACUUUAAACAUACAAUGACAAUUCCUCCAUAAUAUGCUGCCUUUUUUUAACCACCACAAGAAUUUUGCAGCCCAGUCAUAUGCAUGUCUGCUCAAUAGUAUGCCCUGUUGAGUUCAAUGGGAUUGGGGUAUGUGUAGGAUUUCAGCAUAAGCCAUACUUGAGAGUAAGACUCAUAGCUAAUAAUAGGGCUUACUGCUGAGUAGACAAGCAGAAUGGUUGCACCAUAAGUCUGCCUUCUGAUAUAUAGCCUUGCUCACAAAUCAGUGUUUGAUGGUCAGAGAAAGCUUAGAUUAACUCUCGUAGUCAGAUGUCCUCUGUUAAAGUAAACCAAGAGGAUCAUGUCUACAAAACAGGCAUAAAAACAGUAGUAGUGGCACUUCACAGACCUGAUAACUGGUUCCUACUCUUGCCUCUCUCCCUGGUGGUCCUUUCCUCUUCAGAUCACUUCAGUUCUCAUAUAUACCAGCCAUCACAUCUUUCACCCAGCUUCCAUUAACCUUCCAACUUCAUACCACACUCAUCAACUCUAGUGCCAACAUAACCUAGCUACUUGUGCCCUAGUACACACCCUCAUGAAUCCCUAGCUCUCACACCAGCCAUGUCUUCUAUAGUACAAUCACUCAAGCUUUCCCAUUUUUGAAUCUUCAUUUCUCAGACUGAAGACUCCAAUGAAUAUGCUAUUCUCUCCAAUUACUACAGUCUCAAUUCCUGGAAGUUUCAUAACUUACUGGCUUGGUUAAAAUGUACCAUUUUUCAUUCUUCAAACCAUGGAUUGAAAAUAAGUUCUGUGCUUGUGUGCUCCUUUUCUUUACACUUUUGGCUUCAUGAAUAAAUUCCUGGUUUGGGUAUGUUACAGGCAUACCAAAAACUAUGGUUUGUGUGUGCCCUACAAGACAAGAUUGCAGACUUGUGUUUUUAUGUAUGUUUUCCAAUCCUGGUUUGGAGGGACAAAUGAUUCCUGUAUUGCAGGUGUUUGGACUUGAUGAUCCUCAGGGUUCCUUCCAACUCUACAAUUCUAUGAUUCUAUGGUUCAAACAUAGUUUGUGGAAUUGACUAUAAUGGCAAAAAUAAUGGUUUACCAAAACCCAAGCUAUUACUUAUUAACCUAAGUGUGUGGAGGUGGAGUGGUUAGGAAUGUGCACACAAACAUAUUGCUUGUUCUUUAACUUCAAAUAAGGCUUCAGACUAUUGAAAAUGUUUACAUUUGUACAAUCCUCCCUCUACCCCACCCUGAGAUUUGCAGUAUAUGCCAAACCAAGUUUACACAAUUUCCCCCCUCUGUAAAUUAGUUUCGUUUAUUGUGUGGCUGUAGAUGCUGAUCAGCACUUUAAGUUUUUAAAACAAGCAUUUUUGUGGAUUCUUUACAAAUAAUAAUUUGUAUAGUAAACCUGCAACAUGGGGAGUUACAUACUUGGGAUCAUGCCUAAAGCCAAAAUCAUGUUGAAACGCAUUGGGUUCAAUGGCAGGUGGGACUGCAUGUCUUCACCCUCCCCCCCCCCCAAAAUUAUGCCCCCUUUUAAUUAUUUUAUUAUUUUUUGGCCAUGUGCAUAAGUUAAAUGCACGUAAGUUGUGGGCUUACUGUACUUUUAAGAUAUGACUGUGUAAAUGAUGUGUUGCAUACCUUUCACCAUGCUAGUAGAACAGGAAAAAAUGAAAUUCUUCUUUGCAGAACUAAUGAACUCUUUUUUUUCUUUCUAUUUUACGUUUGUGAUUUUUAUGGUGAACUUCAUUGCCAGGGUCAUGGGACAGCCCUAGAUGUUUUGGUGCCUGAGGCAAAAUGCACUGCCACCCCCACAAUAGGAUAGGAGUGGUGAGGCUCUGCAAGGGCUUCCCCUCAAGUGAGAGUAAGGGGCGAGGUCUCCCCUCCCCCCACUGAGGCUUUGCAAGAAGCCCUUGCUAAAUUUCACUGCUGGGCUGGUGGGUGAAGGUGAUUUUUUGGAUUUGAUCCUGCCUUUUGGUCUUACAUUACUACUGCUACAGUUUCUUAAAUUGCCAUAAGAGCUUGGUGCUCCUCAUAUAAUUUUGCACUUCCGAUCGCUGGAUCUUGUCUUCCUGUUUAACUGCAAUACUAAGGAAAUGAGGCUAGUUUACGUUUUAAAUAACUUCUACUUUAACCACUUGAAAUGUGAUACAUAGUUUUUUUUGGAGACACAUCUUUUAUACUAGGGGUGUGGAACUGAGUCUGCUUGGUGGGCCAGAUCUUUAUCUUCUAUAACUUUCACACACCACAUUUGUCAAGUGGGCAUCACAAUGGCAUCAGGUGAUGGGGUGCUUUGAAGUCCUGAAAAUGGUCAGUGCACGGGGCUUGCAAAGAGCCCUGCACGGUGCUUCGAAGUGCCACCAAUCAGUUGAUUGUUAGUGCUUCAAAGCUCUAAGCAGGACUCUUGGCAAGUCCCUUCGAGGAUUGACUGGCUUCAGAGUUCCCCAUGGGGAAUUCAGUAGUGCAGCCAAUUCUAGGGCGCUUGAAGUGAGUUCCUAUCAGCUGAUAAACACUUCAAGCUCUGCUUUCUGCAUUGGUUGGCUGGCCAUGGAUUUCCCCAAGGCAACUCAAGGCAUUUCCCAAGGGGAGUCCCCUUGGUAAUGCAGCCAGUCCUAGCUGAUUGGUGGCAAGAGCAUUCUUGCCUUGUCAGAGCAUAACUGGGAAUGCACUUGAAGGCUCCCAAUUGUGUAUUAGCAGCCAUGUCUCCAUCCACACGUCUCCUGAGGUGUUAGGUAUGGGGUGAAUGUGUAUGGUUUGGGGUAAAUGCCUGGUAGGCCAAACUGGGACCCAUGCCAGGCCUGCACCCACCCCUCCAUUUCCUCUGGUGGGUUGGGAGUACAUCCAGAACAGUACUGAAGAUGACAUAGAAGCUUGAAGUGGGAAUCUCCUCCUCUUCCAUUGGCAGAGGUAUCUGCUGGGUUCAAAACCUUUCAGCAAAUGAAAUUGCACAGUUAGAUCCAACUUAAACUGUAGCUGGUGUAUUUCCUUUAAUCUGUGAUGUGGCUGAUUCUCUCCUAACUUUUGGUUUGUUUAUUUCUUUAAGGUAUCCAGAGAGUGGCAUCGUAGAAAUGUCCGUCCGUAAUCUACGACCACGAGCAAGAACUAUUUUGAAGUGGAAUGAAUUAUGUGUGGGUGAUUUGGUGAUGGUUAACUACAAUGUAGAGAGUCCGGAAGAGAGGGGAUUCUGGUUUGAUGCAGAAAUAACCUCUCUGAGAGAGAUUUCAAGGACUAACAAAGAAGUUUAUGCCAAAAUUUUGCUGGGGUAAGCUUUUAUUGGUUAAUUUUGUCUUUGAGGAACCUUUAUAAUGGAGAUUCAUCUUAGACAUACUGCAAAUUUGUAUGUUUCUCAUAUUUCAACAGUGAUCUUUUGUAAAUUAAAAUUUUCCACAUACUUGCAAUUAUGAUGAUGAAAUACAAUAUUUUAUUUGCAGGUUGCAGUUAUAUUUGCAUAACUGUUUUUCAAAAUAACACACUAUUAAUAAAGUGAUCUGGAAGGUGCCAUUCCAGUCACAGCAUUUUAUUUUUUCAGAUUUACUUAAUAAUGUUGCUUGGUGUAUAUCUUCUUGCUUGCAUCUUCUACCGUGUGUAUAAAAAUGGGUUGGUUGGGACUUUGUGUAACCUGCCUCUCAAUGAACAACUAAUUUCAGAGAACUCAACAGAAUACACUUCAGUUCUGAACAGUGCUUUUUUUCCUAGAAAAGAGGUGUUGUACUGACCAUGAAGUUGUUGCAGUAAGUGCCACACUUUUAACCACUGCUUUUUUUUCUAGAAAGAAAAGGUGCCAGUACUGUGUACGCUUGAGUACCCCCAGAAUUUAGAAUUAGCACUUAAGUGCUUUUGGUUCAUUUCUAGUUAAUUCGGUGUUAAAUCAAAGAUAAUGUGUGAUAAUGUGAUAAUGAAUAUUUAGUAAAUAAGGAAAAAAUCGGGAACAAUAGGGAUAAAAUAACUAGAACGUUAGUCUGUUCCUAUUAUUCAAUCAUAUUUUGCCGAAUACCAGCACCCACCUACAUAAUUUUGGUGUGAAGAUAGUCUAUUUUACUUAACAAUGUGUUUCCUUUUACUGUAAAGUUAAAUAUAACUGAAAUUAAUUUCAUAUCUGUCAUAAUACUGACAGAAAUAUUCUUUCAAGAGGGACUGAUCUUACAUUCCCUGUAUUUCAACUUUCUGCCCUUAAAUCUUCAACCUUCUGGCCUCUGAUGUUUUCCUACUGACCUUGAGAAGGCUUUUUCACAGUAACUAUGGCAACUGCCAAAUUAAUUAGUUUCUUGUAGUGAGAAUUGGUCUAAAUAUGGAUCUCCUGCCAGAGGAUUAAAAACUCAUAAUUCUCUUAACUGUCUUAGAUUCAGUAUUUUUAUUAUUUCUGACUGCUGUUCAGAAUACUUGUUGUCAUCUUUAUUUGAUAGGUUUAAUGGUACUUACCACCUGUUCCUUGAUUCAGUAAUUUAAUUUUGAGCACAUCUGUGUGUAGAAUAAAGUUUAUUUCAGAUUUUUAUUUUUUCAAAAAUGGUGAAAUGAGGAGGAAAUGCAAAGACGUAAGAAAUAAAGGGUGAUUGUAUUAGACUGUCUCAAGUCUGUAUUCUGUGCUUCAAGCAUAGUUAACCACAAGUAAAAUGUCUGCUGGGUUGCGCUUUGAAAUUGCCAGCCUUGCUCUACAAGGAUACAAAGAAAGUGCGCAGAAGGAAUUUUUCACUCUUGUCCGUUUCCCUCUCAAAUGUAAGCCAUUUUCUUUUUGUUUAGUAUGUCUGCCUUCCUGAAGCGUAAAGCAGGCUUGGCUUCUGAAAUGAGCAAGACAAAAUUGCAGCCAAGAAAGAGAAACUGCCCCAUCGCACAAGAAUUUUCUGGAUUUUGAAACACGGCAGUGUUCUGUUCAGUGUGGAUGGCUGCCAGCGUAGAUGCCCCUCCUCCUUUUCUCCUUGACGAUUGAACAGUUCUUUUCCCCUGUAACAAGACUGUUUCCAGAGCCAAGGCAAAUCAUUGCUUCUUUGGUUUUUCUUCCCCUCCCAUUCUGCUUAUUGCAGCAGUGCUCAAUAAGCCUGUGGUAUGAAACAUUUUGGCAGAUUUUCCAUCCUCACAAUGGUGGCAGGGGAAACUUAAACAAAUGCCAGUAAACUGAAAAUCAAGGCGUCUGCCCUAUUACCAGAAGGAGGAGUGAGAACAAGCACAAAAACUGACGACACUGAAAAGCAGUAGUCUUUAAGCACUCUCUUUCCAUUUGUGCAUUAAUAGACAAGCUGAGCAUCUUUUUGAACACAACAAGCCCACAACGUAGGCACAUUUAACUUGUGUGCAUUCAUCUUGGCAAUUAAAAAUAAAAAAGGGGGUGGGCAUCCAGGGGAAAAGACUUUGGCAGUUUCACCUGUCAUUGAACCCAAUGUGUUUUGACUACAUGCAAUUUCAGCUUUCGGCGCUAUCCCCGGAACAUAACCCUCAGUAUAAUAAAGAAGUGCUUAGUCUUCUCAAGUUCUUCCAAUAGUCUCCAGUGAGAGAUUUUCUUUUUUUCCUGGUGUUGUCUUCAUAAAGCCAAAGCUCUAAUAAAUAGCAUUUAAUAAAUGGUGAUUCAAAUGAAAAUAGUGCUAAAUAGAAGAUCAUGAUAAAUGAUAGUAAAACUCAGAGUGUAUUUAUAAAAUUUCAACUGACAUGGGUGGUUUGAAGUAGCAGUUAUCUGUUUUCAAUUGGCCAAUGCUAUAAUUGGAAUUGGAGAAACUGAGCUCAAAACUUUUAUGCUUUAAUUUUCAGUGGUCCAGAAGAUGUCAUAAAUGAUUGCAAACUCCUUUUUAUAGAGGAAAUAUACAAGAUUGAAAAGCCAGGAGCGUAUCCACUGACAUUUGCAGAUGGAGAGUUCAAAAGUAGGCAUAUUCUAUUAUUUAUACAAUUUUCUGUUCUUUAUACAGUAUUUUCAAAACUGUCACUUAUAAAAGUUGUCAAAGAGCUUUUUCAAAUUGUGGAAGUAAUAACACUUUGUUUCCAGAAUCGUUAUGUGGGUAGAUAUGCAGACUUUGUCAGUUCAUGGAAAUAGAUUUAUGUUGUGGUUAUCUUUGUUGUUGUUGUUUAUUAGACAAAAACACCUGUCUCAGUUAUUGGAUGAAUGCCCACACCUAGCUAACCUUGAAAUCAAAUUGAGACGAAAUAGCCUUUAUUCAGUUCAGGAGUAUAAUUCAACCCUGACUAAUCAGCCAACUUCCUUUACUAACGACUCAACUGUUAGCCAGUUCCCUUUUACUGGAGCCUCUCUAUGCGGAAUCUACAUCCAUAGUUAAAAGGGAUACAAGUAGCAAAUAAAAAUUGCCAUUUUGCAACUAGUUCUUGAGCUGAAACUUUGAUUCAUCUGAUUAAGUGCAAGGUUCUUUAUUUAUAGUAUGACCCAGUAAAAGCAAAAGUAAUCAAAUAUAUAUUCUAGAGUCCCUUAAAACAAUUAAAGACCAAGGCUCGCAUUCAGUGUUGGUUCUAUUUGGAACAGAGCCAUUGAAAUGAAUGCACAGGAGUAACUGAAGUUUACUUUCACCUAACUACCAAACCCCCAAGCAUCACCAUUUCCUAUUCUGCUUCAGAGUUCCCCAUUUGAGUUAGCCACAGUCUCCAGAGAAUUCAUAGAAUGUAUGGCUGUCAUUAUUGCACAGUUUUGUCAGUGGAGGAUUUCUGUCUUCCCAUACAUAGAUGUCAUACGGGGAUAUGGUGAGUAGACAAUCACAAUUAGCCAACCCAAGUUGCAUUUAUUUUUUGCCUCCACAACACUUUGGGACACUGUUAACAUGGUGAAAUCUUACGUCUUACUAAUGUGGUGCCUCAAGUUCCUCUGUACUCUCCACUUUGUAGACAAUCAUGCCUAUAUGUCUUGUGGCAGAGCUCAAACCCUUAUCAGAUUGGUUUUCUGCAGGGCAAUCAAACCUGACCACCCAGCUGUCCAGACCUAGAGGCUUCUUGGGCUAAUGGUUUCCCCACUUUUACCUGUCUGAGGAUGCAUCUACCAUAAGAAGUUCAACAUUUCCUGCAGUGUUGCUCUUGUUUAACUUGUUCAUAACUCAGUCCCCAACUGCUAUCUAUAGUCACCACUCACUUGAUCAUAAGUAUAGCUUGUUGUUUUAAUCAGUUUUCUGUGGAAUGUACUUUAAGGCCCCUCACUGAAAGGAAAGCUCGUUUUAUGCCAUUUUUCAUUGCAGGAAAGAGUGGUCCAGAAUGCAAGCAUUGCAGAGCGGAUCCUGAUAAAGAAUGCCGAUUUUGCUCUUGUUAUUUGUGUGGAGGGAAACAGGAUGCCCACAUGCAACUUCUUUGUGAUGAGUGCAAUAUGGCCUACCAUAUAUACUGCCUGAACCCACCUUUAAGCAAGAUACCAGAAGAUGAAGACUGGUAAAUAAUGCAACACUAUUUAAUUUUUAAAUGUUCAGUAUGUGGGAUUGUAUGAAGAAUAGAAUUUCAGUUUUAUAACAGUGUUGGUUUGUCCCUAACUUGUUCUGUGCUUUACAGCGGUGAGCUCAGGAACCUCUUGUGAGAGUGACUUGGCCUUGGAAUGACAAAAUAUUGGGGAAUAUACAAUUGUGGUUAUUUCUGUACUGAUUUUUGAAUAAUUGCAGCCUAUAUCCAUACUUCAAAUACUCAAAAAGGCAGCAGCAUUAGAACAAAGGAGCAGCAACAAAACAAGGGGCAAUGAUGAAGAUGUGGGAUUUUUUUAGUCCACUCAUCAUUUUAAUAUGCUGUUUAUAAUACAAAAAACAAAUACCUUUGGUUUAUUUUUCAGGCAGGGGUGUUAAUUUUAAACCAUUCCAUUGUUUUUAGGUACUGUCCUUCCUGUAAAAAUGAUUCUAAUGAAGUCGUAAAAGCUGGGGAAAAGCUCAAGCAGAGUAAAAAGAAGGCAAAGAUGCCAUCUGCCUACACGGACAGCCAGCGAGAUUGGGGCAAGGUAAAGCGUAUUUAGAAACAGUUGCAUUUAUUUAUUUAAAAUAAUUUAUAAAUCACGUAAUAUUUCAGAAAUCUCUAAAACAGUAUACAGUCUAAAAAGCAGUAUAUCAUUAAGAAACAACAACAAUACAACCUAAAACCAAGAAGUCAGCAAUAUAAAAACACAUAAAAGCCAAUAAAAGAAAAAUUCAGAGAACUUCAACAUGCAAAACAGGAUCCAGUCUUACGGUUCUGGGAAAAUGUGUGCAAAAAUGUAAGUCCGCAAAAGACAUCUGAAGCAACCAAUGAAUGCUGCUUCACGUAUGGCAGAGUGUAAGGCAUUCCACAGAACAUGGAAAACAACAGAAAAUGUCAGUUUUUCAAGCCACUUCUUUCUUUAAGUCUGUAUUGGGACAUAAUUCAGUUGACCUGUAAAUCAUCCUAUAUGGCUUGGAAAUGUGAUACCUGAAGGAUUGUCUAUUCUCUUGUGAAUCUGACUAUAAGAUCAUAACCAUGAGACCUUUCAAAUAUGCCCCUUCCCCCAUUUCAAAGUGAUAAUGCACUGACGUAGGUUUUGUUCACACCAGAAUAAUGUAUGCAUACCAUUGUCCUUUUGGUUUCAAGUGAUAGGCUAGGGUUGAACACAGCUAAAAUGGGCAUCUCAUCAGAAAGCUCCACAAUCACUUUGCUAAAUCAUUUAUUUAUUUAUUUAUUUGGUUGGUUGGUUGGUUGGUUGCUUCCUGUAAAAUAUAUUGAAGUAAUUUUAUAAUAAAAACACUUAAAAACAGUUCUGUAUGUAAAAGCAGUUUGAAUUGCAAUACAUAUACAGACUGGAAUACAUCACCUUCUUGUCUCUUGUGUUUGCAGGGUAUGGCUUGUGUUGGUCGUACUAAGGAAUGCACUAUUGUUCCUUCUAACCACUAUGGACCCAUACCUGGAGUUCCUGUUGGAGCAACCUGGAAGUUCAGAGUUCAGGUAUUAAAUAAAUCAGGGAUGGGCAGAUCAGGCUUGUGCAGUCUAUUUUGUUCUUUUAAUAAAUACCUGAGGACCGCCAACUGGAGACAUGGAACAGGCUACUUCUGAAAAAAGAUGUUAAGAAUAACACUGUAAGAGGUGGGAAAAGACUUGUCAUUACCAUUGUUAAAUAAUUGGGAGUCAAGACUCUUUCUAGAAAGCAUCCAAAAACCUACCAGUAAGUCUCAGUCUACAUUUUGUCUUUUCCUGAUGUAGGUUACAUGCUCUUACUUUUGUAACCUUAAGCCUUCUUCUUUCCUUGUGUCAUCCCCACUAGUAAGCAAAUUAUACAACUUCAUCCCAAUUGCAUUUUCAAUACUUAAAACAGUUUGUGAUGCCAUCAGCCAUUAUCUAAAGAGUCUGCUAUAAGCCAGUGGUGGUUCACACUGUAUUGGAGGCAGUUUCCAAAUUUCAACCUAAGAAUUUUGAGACUAUAUUUACAAAAGCGGCUUAUCUGUUAUGGAAAGCCGCAGUUCAGAGAAAAAGGUGAAUGCAAACUACAUUGUUCCAUCACUGUAAGAACUUGUUUCAAACUACGUUUACUUGUUUUAUCACCAAGGUGAGUGAAGCAGGUGUUCAUAGACCUCAUGUUGGUGGAAUUCAUGGACGGAGUAAUGAUGGAGCUUAUUCCCUUGUGCUGGCUGGAGGAUUUGAAGAUGAAGUAGUAAGUUUUAUAUCCAGAUUUGUUUAUGUGCACUGAGAGUUGAUUUAAUUUCUUUAUUAAAUACCAUAUCUAGAGAAAACUUGACAAUAUUUAACGGCACUUGUAAUAUUGCAACAAACAUUUUAAAAUAGGUGUAUUUCUGGUUGUGUAUGAACCAACAUGUCUAUCAUUUAUAUAUGUGUUAGUAGAGACCCAGUUUGUGAGCAUCCUGGAAGCCUAAUUGGUUGGGUGGGGGGAUGAAAGGAGAAACACUCAAAUCCUUCUCUCUCCCCCACCCCUAACCUAGUCUUGGGGGACAGAAGAAGGGCUCAAAGCAGUCAUUGGCAACAGUUAUUUAGGAAUUAUGUGCUCAAAUGACUUGCUUCAUUCCUUUGUUUCCUUUUCUCUCCAUCUAAAAUUCACCCCACCUUCUCCCCUACAGGAUUCUGUGCAGGAGCAGGUCUAUACUUGCAUCAAAUAGGCAGCCUUGAUUUCAAGGCUAUUUGCCAGCAAGUCAGAUUAAGUGUAUCAUUUUUUACCUAUAAAAGCCCUUAACAGUUUGGGACUUGUUUAUGUACGGAAAUGCCACUGCCUAAGAUGCUCUGCUGGAGAGGCCAUGCUGGUGGUUCCAAAUGGAAAAUAAAUAGACUGAUGCCAACAGUGUAUAGCUUCUUGUAGCAGCUGAAAAACAGCCUUUUUGUUCAGUUUUCUUCAGUAAAGUAGUCAUAAUGAUCUGUAUAGUGUAAAUUCACUGAUAGUUGAACACCAUAUGUUUGAUACACUCUGCCAUUGCGUCUUGCAACAAAGAGUGGGAUGUAAAUUGAAAAAAAACAAAUAAACAUGUUUUCAAAAUAGAGGGUUUUACCUCUAAUAGCUACCUAUUUUGGGGGCCUCAUCAGAAAUGAAAAUCCCCCCAAUUUUUUUUAUUAAUUUUCCAAAUUAUUACAAAUCAAACCAAAUUAAUUUAAUACAGUUUCUUAAAAUAAAGUUUCCCGCUCCGGUUCUGAACAUAAGAUCAUCAUCCUUGCAUAGGCACAUCAUUUCUUUUUUAAAGCCCAGUCGACGUCCUUCACUUGCCGUUAAACCAUUCUUCCAGCUGGCCAUUUUUCCACCAUACAAACAGCACCUUCAUUAAGUAAUCCAUUUCACGGGUGUAGUCCUUCAUGUACAUUGUUGUUCCAGACCUGGUGUGCUGGGAGAGUUCAUUACUAUCUUCCAUUAUUCAGUUCUUUGCAGUGUUUAUCUGGAUGGUACAAGCUCACAUUCCAUUUCUUCCACAGUUUACCAACUAGUAUAUGAGCUGCAGCCAUAAACAACUCACAGAAUUCAUAUCCAAACUCCGCCAUUAAUUGUGUGUUUUAAUUAUUUGUGUAUUUUUUGUUUUGAUCUGAUUUUUUAAUUACUAUAUUGCUUAGUCUAUUAAAAAAAUUCUCUAAGCAGAGUACAAAAAACCCCGAAGCAACAACAGACAACUUAAAACAAAAUAUUACCAAAAUACACAGUUACAUACAUAUAAAAUUUAUUAUAUUAAUGCAUAGUUACUAAUUUAUCUCAAUAUCAGUUUAUUUCCCUUUGGAUACAGUUUCCCUCCCAGCCUCUGGGUUCUCACCCAGGGUGCAAAGAAACACAGCUCACUCACAAACUUCUAACAAUGAGAAGAGAUCCUGGAAACAGUGGAUCCAAUUCUCUCACUCUAGGUUUGCUUUUUAUGGGCAGACCAACCAAAGGUGAAUGGUACCUUCCUUAGGCUGCCCACAGCUAGGUCCCAUUUCAACUGUACUAUCCACACUCAGGUCGAGGUCCAGCAGGUUUAUUUAGUUUCCCAGAGGGUCUCCUCCUAAUAGUAAAACUUCAGAAUCUACUGGGAAGCAAUGUCCAUUGAUGUCUUCCUGAGCCUACACAUGUGAAGAUCAAAGCUGCAAAUACUAGCUCAGCUCAGGUUUCUUUCCAUAAUGCUCAGACCAAAAAUACAGAUGCUGUUCUUUAGAAUCUUCAGAAGGAGGGUCUCUUUGCUUAAGAAUUAUUUUAGUAUUUCACUAGCAGAUUCCAAGCACAGAUAGUUAGACUCAAACUCCAUUGAAAUUGUUGACCCUUCUCUCCCACAGCAACAUACACUUUGAUUUGAUGUUUGCUACUAUAUAGUGUUUAGCUAUUCAUAAUGUUGGGAUUUACUUUUUACAAAAAUUCAGUCAUAGAAAAUUGUGAUUUUUGCCUCAGUUGCAUCUGGUAACGCAAUGACACAUGCACUUAGGAAAAAGGUUGCAUGUGGAGUGUAUUCUGUUUCAGAUGAAGCUUACUGACAUUUAUAUCAAUGUUUUUAUUAUAUUACAUUUUUCCAGUGGUGGCAAUCCUGGUUUUUCCCAGCAUUGUUUUAUUUAUUACAUCUAUAUUGUGCCUUACUUCCAAGAUGGAAAUCAAGGUGGUGCUUGUACAUGGGGUUCUGAGGCAGUCUGCCAUUCAGGUAUUGUCCAGAACCAGACUUGCUUGGCUUCAGCAUCCUGCCCAUAUUCUGGGACCCAGAAGAGUAUUCCUUCUAGGCCUAAUCUGACAGAGAUGAUAACCUAUGCCUGGUUCAUACCACUUCAGACUCCAAGAUGGGUUUCACAUGAUUUAAAGUUGCUCUGUACAAAAACAAAAACCUGUAGAAAACAUGAAGAAAACUAGCACAUCUGAGAACUCACUUCUACCUGAUAUGGUACCCAUCUACAUGUGGAUAAUUUUUUGUACAGAGAAACAUACAGUGGUGCCUCGCAAGACGAAAUUAAUUUGUUCCGCGAGUUUUGUCGCCUUGCGUUUUUUUUCGUCUUGCGAAGCACGGUGUCGGGAAAGUUUUGGAAAAGCUUCAAAAAUCACCAAAGUCUUUAAAAACCUCAAAAAAGGCUACCACACCGCGUUCUAUGAGUUGCUCCUCGAAGUCAAGUCGCAACUGUAUUAAUGGUGUUAAGAAAAAGGAAACAAACUUGCAAGACGUUUCCAUCUUGCGAAGCAAGCCCAUAGGGGAAAUCGUCUUGCGAAGUAGCUCAAAAAACAAAAAACCCUUUCGUCUAGCGAGUUUUUUGUCUUGCGAGGCAUUCGUCUUGCGAGGUACCACUGUACAAUGUUUCAGACAAGACACAGAUUGACGCCUCAGUGAGAAUUAGGUUUAGGAGGCUGCAGAUUAAAAAACAUAAAUAGCAAUAUUUACCUGUAAAGAGUAAGAUAUUUGUGGCAUAGUAUCUCUUAAAACAAACUAUUUUAUGUGAAUUAGCAGUGUUCCUCCACUUCUGCCAUCGACAAAUCACAAGCCUGCCUUCAGACGACACAACAAGCCAGACUGGCUUAUUCUGUCUGUCGCACCAUAGCAAAGGAGUGGAACACCAUGGCGACCCAUUCACAUUAAACCAUAGUUUGCUUUUAACUAUGGUUUACUGUUCCUGGCAACCAGGCCAGUGUCUAGCCCCUGAAAGCAGAUACUGGGAAAUUAAACUGCAAGCUGUUCUGUGUGAUGAAACAAUAUUUGUCUCUUUUUGAUUUCAUGAAUCUAGCUAUGGUUUGUUUAGGCAUAAGCUGUUUUCUACAAUCAGAGUAAUGUUUACACCCUCUUCUUCAGCUCUGUACCAUCAGGAGGAAUUCUGAAGCAUGCUUCAGGUGAACGAUAAAGCAGUAAGCAAUGUGUUAAGAGUUGUUUUUAAGAGCCAUUAGUAAAGAAAAUGAAAUGAACCUUCUCAGUAGCAUCAUAAUAUUAUGUAUUCUUUGCCAAACACUUAUUCAGUUCUUUUUACUGCUGCGAUAUAUAAGAUAUCAAGGGCGUUUGGUUUGAAGAAAUCCCAUGAGAACAUACUUGAUGCUGAUAAAUUAUCACUGGAAAGAACUGCGAAGGUCAAGGCAUGUGGUCCUAAUAUCCUAACAAAGCUAGAUGCAUAAGCAUAGCUUGGUAGCAUACCAUGACUUCUGAGUCUGUUGACUUUUCUUUUCGUUCUUUUUUCUUGGUGGUGGUGAUGAUGAUGGGUUAGCAAGUGAUGUGUUUCAGAAGCUCAAUGGGCUAAAGUACCACUCAAAUUAUGUACACUUUUGUGCACUGAUAUUUUUAUCUUACAGUUAGAUUUUAUUAUAGAAGUGUUUAAGUCUCCCUUUUCACUAUACUGCCUAUAAGUCAGGUUUGCCAAAUACAUAUUUGUAUUGAUCCAGAAACUUCUGUGCCAGAGUUGCAGUCCUGUAUCGUUUCUAUAUCUGACAAGUGACCUGAUUUGGUUGAGUGAACAGUAGAUCUUGGCAGUGCCUCAGGAAAAGAUGAUAGAAACCUAAAGAUGAAUAAUUGUGGAAUAAUCUUUUUCACUUGGACUUAUAGUAUAGUAGAACCAGCACUAUUAACUAAGUUUAAGGGGUUGAAAUCCCCUUUCUCGGAAUCCUCUUCUCCUGUUUCACAAGUUCUCCUUACCUGCAGUAGGUUCUGAAGUUAGAUUCCAAGCACAAAUAGGUUAACAUUAGCCAGGCAACACCCAUAAUCCUAAACCAAGGAAAGAGAGAUCAAAGGGAAUUUGCAUGUGAGAGAAGGGGCUGCUUGGUCCAUUCUGUGGUUUCAUCUCCACCCUUAAGCACAAGUACAUGGCCAUGCUAGCAUUGCAUCUAUAUUGGUCUUAAAUAUUAUUUCUAUCCUCUCUCUUUGCCCCUUACUUUACUAUGGCCUGUUAUAGGAAUUUGUAAGUACUUGGAAAUCUGUUAAACUUACAGACUUUGUUAUCUUAUGAUAAUAUGACAAAUGGGUUUUGUAGUGUUCUUCAUAUUUCUACUCAGAAAAAGUCCUGUUGAGUUCAGUAGGACUUACUAUUAGAUAAGUAAAGCAGCCUUAGAAGACCAAACCUAUAUGGGUGAUGAUCAGCUAUGUCAUACUUAGAAUAGGUCUGUUAAAAAUUAUGACGUCAAUUGGGGUAACUUAAGUACCUUGAAUUUGCUGGGUCUGCUAUGAAUACUGUAACACACCCACAAACACACACCAUAUGUGAAUGAAUGAAUGAAUGUGGCACAGACAAAUGAAUAUGCAACAAAUAUUAAAGAUGAAACUGAGUCCCAUUGAACUCAAGAUGACUUUCUUCUGAGUAGACAAGCCUAAGAUUGCACUUGAAAAAUCCCUUCCUCAGCUAAGUUUCUCACCUUUGUCUAGUGAUCUGUUAUCGUUCCACUUCAUCUUCAUUAUGAGGUGGAUUAAAUUGAUGUAUCUAGUAGCAUAAUAAUAAUUAAUAGCCCUUAAUGCUGUUAUCGAUUACUUAUAAAACAUUAUAAAUCAUUCAUGUAUGCUUCAUAAUUCAUUAAUCAUUUUUUAGUUCAUAAGAUGUGAACUAAAGAUGUAGGUUGCUGCAAUGGAUUCAGCUCCUGAUCUCUAUAGGUCAGGUUGAGGGGUAGAGUGUCAGGCAGGAAGGAGAGACAGGCAUCAGCAAGGAGGAGGCCACUGCACUGUGAAAAGGAGAGAAGUGCCAGGUGGCUGCAUGUUUGCUAGAGAAGGUCUAUGGCAGGGGUGCCCUUGUCAGGUCUCGCUUUUCCUGUCACCGGCAGGCCUCUCCUUCCAGUUCUGUCCCCUUAAAGAUGCGAUCCUGUGCAGUGCUGGUGCACUCAUCCCCUGACCUUUUAAAAACCCUGUUCUAACUUUAUAUUUACAUAGGAAUUGCUUUGGGGUGGAUGUGUUGCUUCCAGGGUGGCAUAGGGCAAAUCAGCCCAAUUUGGGGUCCACAAAAGUGUCAGGAGGUCUACUCACAGCCUGACUUAUUUUCUUUCUGUUGACUGCGUUUUAAAAUUGUAUUAGCCAACACAUUUCAAUAUUUAUUUAGUAAUUUUUAUAGUCUGUUUUGCAUGCGCACAUUAUUGACAACUCAAGAGAAAAGGAAAAGAUAGAUCCUCCUCCCUUGCUUUGCUUUUCAGUUCCCAAAAUUUUUGUGAUGUUAAUAGAGUAUACUUGAAAUUCUGUUGCAGUAGGUUUGUUCCAGUUCAUUUGCAGUUAUUGCAUUGUGGUGAGAGAAAACCUUAGUGUUUAGUUAGUGUAUGCUUUUACUAGGAGAAUGUGGGAAUGCUCUUUAUAUAUGAAAAAUUACAUUUUUUCCUGAACAAUUGAUAGCAACUAACCCAUUAAUACUUAGCAAACUGCUGUAUUCAUCCCAGUUGCUGAACGAAUUUGUCUUGUGCUUUGAUUCCCCCCCCCCAAGUUUAUGUGUGGUAUCCAUUAGGGGGUCUUCCACUGAUAGGAGGCAUCCUUCAGUGGAAUGGGGAAGGAGACUAUUUUCAGUAAUUCCCCCUUCUCCAAAAUCUGAUCUGGAGGUUUGAGGGACCCUUGAGAGCAGAUUGGAGAGCUAUGGGGGCAGGGGAAGAAUGUCUGAAAAUUGUCUUCCUCCUCAGUGGAAAAACACCAAUGGGAUAUUAUUACCUUAUGUGGUUACAGAGUCCUUAAAAUGUCUGAGGAAAGGUAGCAAACCAUUGAGGGAGUACAAGUCUGUUCCACUUCCAAAACGUUUGGAAACAAUGACGCAGCUUCUGAUUGGCUGCAGGAAGCUCCUGCAGCCAAUCGGGAGCUGUGUAAGCCGCGCCAGACGUUCGGGUUCCAAAGAACGUUCAUAAACCAGAAUACUCACUUCUGGGUUUGCGGCGUUUGGGAGCCAAAACGUAUGAGUGCCAAGGUACGACUGCAGUUGAACAGGGUAUGUCAGAAUAACUUGCCAAACAUCAUUCAGGGUGAGUCCAACAGACCCUUGUGAUCUGUUGAUUUCUGUUUUGGAGAGGAGAUGAUAGAAGGCAGCAUUUGCCAACUUAGUGCCCUCCAGAUGUAUUGUGCUACAAUUCCAAGCAAGCCCAGCAAGAGCCAGGUUGGCGAAGACAAAUGAAUGUGCUAAACUGUCUUAUAAUGUAUCAUAAUUGAAGAAUCCUUUUUAGAACAAUAAAAUCAUUGACAGACUCUAACUUUGGGUUGGGGAAAACACUUUAUGGAGAACAAUCUCCUCAUCUGUGUACCUCGUCAACCUCUUUUCCAGACAAACAAACUUAAAUCUGUGCUACUAAAAAGUUGUUUAUAGCAGCCAAUAUUAUGUGUUGUAAUAUAUAUGUAUACUUCCCAUACUCAUAUACUGAUGAAGAUAUGACCUAAAAAUCUGUGGCAUCAGCAGAUCAAACGCUGACCUGUUUUUAUAUGUGAGGCAAUUGUUAACUUUGUUAACAACAAUUAAUUUUUUACUAGUAUAUUUGAAUUUUUGCAGUCCUGACAUUUUAAAGAGUAAUUAAUCUCCUCAUAUAGGAUCGAGGUGAUGAAUUUACUUACACUGGGAGUGGUGGAAGAGAUCUGUCCGGCAAUAAAAGGAUUGGAGAACAUUCAUUUGAUCAAACUUUGACACACAUGAACAGGUAAGCUGUGCCACAUUCUUACAUUAAAAGGAGAAAAUAAGUUGUCUCUCCCGCAACUAUGCGCUGAAUGUUGUCAUGAACUAUUCAUACAUUUUCCCCCUCUAGAAUAGAGAAAACACUCCAGUGAACCUGUUUAUUUGCUGAAAUUUGAUUAUUAAUCUAGAUAUUCUGCGAUUCUCCAGUGGUUUGACUUCACCCCCAGAAAUGCACUCCAUUGUUUUUUGAGACAGACAUAUUCCUCCAUCUUUUUAAAAUUGGAUUGCAUUAAUUGCUUAUUUAUUUUUCUUUACUAAUACAGGCAACUCCCAAUUUGGUGCAGGGGUUGCGUUUCUGGCCCUCGUGUGCAUCGAUGGAGCACUCAUAAGGCCACCCUGUUAUGCCCCAUUCUGUUCCGCCCCCAUUUUGCCCUCUUCCGGGUCCAAAAAGGACCCAUGCGUCAAUGGAUCAUGCGUCAAUUGAGCAUGCACAAAAUGCUCACCCCCUGUAUGCUAUUUUAAUAUGAUUUUGUUGGUUUAAAUGUUACUUUUUAAUUCUUAGUUACAUUUGUGAGCCACUAUGAGCUCAGCUUUAUUGUUGACAAAGUGGCAUAUAAAUACUAAAACAAAUCAGAAUCAAAUCCUAAGCAUAUUUACUUGGGAGCAAGCAGUGAUGGGAGCAAGCAGAUUCUAGAUUUUUUUAAAAUGUUCAUUGACUAUUAAUAAUGAAAUUUACAUGGGAAAGUAUUUGGUUUGCAUGGGAAUGUUUUCAUAUGCCUUAGAGCAGGGGUAGUCAACCUUUUUAUACCUACCGCCACUAAUGCAUCUUUCUUGAUGGUAAAAUUUCCUUCCCGCCCACCAGUGCUCAAUGGAAGGAGGAUUAUAUUUGUGCCGUAGAACCCCCUACCGCCCACCUAGAAUCCUGAAACACCCACUAGUGGGUGGUAGGGACCAGAUUGACAACCCCUGCCUUAGAGAGUAAUUUAACUUAGUCUGUAUAUGUUACUUGUAUCUGCUUUUGGAUUAUAUUCAGUGUAGCAUUAAGCAGUUCCAUCAGCACAACAAUUUUUUUCUCGUGCAAUGGAAUGUUUUCCUUCUUGCCCUGGUGUGUCCCUUAUAUCUGUUUUGCACACACCCCAAACCCUCCGGGUGCAUGCAGGGGGAAAUCCUGUUGUGUCGGCAUUAUAUCAAUAAUUCUUAACUUCAGGUUGAAUAAAACGCUUUAUCUUCUGCCUGCCAUGGAAAAUUAAAUUCAAAUAGCUGAGUAAGAUACUUGCUUGUGCUCUUAAUAUUUGAGGAAGCAUUAUCUCUUUUUUUGUUGUUUUUAUUUUCAGGGCACUAGCGCUAAAUUGUGAUGCCCCCCUGGAUGAUAAAAAUGGAGCCGAGUCUAAAAACUGGAGAGCUGGCAAGCCAGUCCGAGUGGUUCGUAGCUCAAAGGGCCGAAGGAUCAGCAAAUAUGCCCCUGAAGAAGGCAACAGAUACGAUGGCAUUUAUAAAGUGCGUAUUUUCCUAAUUUAACGUUUCUUGCAUUUAAAAGAGCAAAGCCUUUUGAGUUUUAGGGGAAAUUAUCUUGGGUUGCCCCUUCAUGGAACACUACCUUGCUUAGGGAUUGUAUAUGGUGUACAUCCUGGACUUGAUUCGUAUAUUAGGAAGUAACCAGUAAAGAAAUUCGUUGCAAACAUUACCAUUCAGCCUGUUGCACGCUUUAUGUUGUAACUGUCGUGGUGAAGGGGCUUAAAUAACCCCAAGAAGUUAUGAACUAUGCUGUGCAGGGCCACCCAAGAUGGACAGGUCAUAGCUGAGAGUUUAGACUAAAUGUGAUCCACCUGGAGAACGAACUGGCAAACCACUCCAGUAUUUUGCCAAGAAAACUCCAUGGACAUAAAAAAGGAGAAGCUUUGAGAAGAAAGUGGGAGUUUCCAAGCUAUGCUCUGGUUGACGGGGUCAUGGAGAGUUGAACACGACUAAGACGACUAAACAACAACAAAUCUUGGGUUGCACAACUGGCUUUCCUGUCUCUUCCCCCUGCCUCAACUUCUGCACCUCCUUGUAUUCCCUGGAAAGCCUCUCCAGGGAGUCAGGAAAUCUUCCUGAAAAAUUUGUCCUCUUAUUGGCCCACAGGGCACAUAUAGCAGUUAAGCUGUUGAUGCACAUUAGGCAUGUUUUAUCUUUACAACUCCAUUGCUGUCUCAGGAAGUCUCAUACAGGAUAGUGCAGAUUAUGCAUCAACUUGCAUUUUCAGAAAGCACCAUUUUAUCUUAAAACUGAUGAAUACAUAGAGCUGAAAUUUAUUAAACUUAUUAUAAUAAAUGGGGGGAGUGGGAGGAUUUAAUCGGACAGGCCUUCAGACUGUGGAAGAUAAAACAUAACAGUGAUAGGGACUUUUAUCAUUUAGGUGGUGAAAUACUGGCCUGAAAUUGGAAAAUGUGGAUUCUUAGUUUGGCGCUAUCUUCUGAGAAGAGAUGAUGCUGAACCUGCCCCAUGGACCUCAGAAGGAAUGGAAAGGUCAAAGAAAUUGGGCUUGAGUGUACAGGUUAGAACAUCAAGUUACCGUAGUUCUAAAAAGUUUUUUUGAAACGUAACUGUUCCAACAUCUAUGUUAGAGAAACUCCGCACUCUCCUGAAAAUCUCUGGUAGCCAGCUUCAUUAAGAUCAGCUUUGAAGAUGUUAAGGUAGCUAGUUAAAACAAGAUGAUUUAUACUUUCUUCUCUAAUAUUUAUUGAACAGGUUUUAGAAGCCUGAAAUAGGCCCAUACCUUAUUUCAUAUUGCAUGUGAUCAAGUGUGUAGUCAUGUUCAUAUCAUUUGUUCACAUUUGGAUUCCUAGACAGGUUGAUAAAAUUUAAGAAAUGGUAAACAGCUGCCAUUCCUCUAAUAAAAGUCAAAAGCAAAAGAGUUAGCUACAGCCCAGAGGUCUAUCAGUCUGUUUUUUGUCCCAGGGUAGGAAUCAAAGAGCAAGGUCCAGCUUAUGCCCUUGUGGCAGAUCUUUUUUGUGAGUCAUUUGCACAGGUGCCUGCUCCUUAUAUUCUGUGCCCUAAUUUUAAGUCCGUUUGCUUUUAAAAAUGAUGUCAUUAUGGACAUUGUUGUUUUAACGUGAAUGCUGUUUAAGAUACUUUUCAGAGCUGAUGCUCUUUUGCAGUAUCCGGAAGGCUAUUUGGAAGCUAUGGCGAGUAAAGAAAAGAAGGAUAAAGUAAAAAAGCAACCUACGAAACAGGAGCCAACAGAACAGAGCAACGGAAAUCAGAAAAGACUGAUUGAUGAUGGUAUGGUAGCAGGAGGAAGGGGAAUUAACUUACUAGGCUCUCUGUUUUCAAAGGAGUAAGGGCUAGUGGCUAAGCAUCAUGGCUUAUUCCUCCAUCUACUUCAUUGGCAUCAGUUUAUUGGUGAGCCAAGGAGGUGGUUGAGCUCUGUUCAGAGAAAGAAGGCAUUUAGGAGUGGUCAUGUCAGCAGUCUGAACAUCUCAUGCUGCAAGUUAACACUAGAUGGAACACCAGGUCAUCUUCCAAAAUAUAAAUUUGCCAGAAAAGGGUUCAGAGGGUGGCAACAUGAGAACGGGCCUUCUCUGUGGUGGCUCCCCAUUUGUGGAAUGCUCUCCCCUGGGGAUGUUUGCCUGGCACCUUCAUUAUAUAUUUUUAGGUGCCAGGAAAAACAUUCCUCUUCCGUCAGGCCUUUGGCUGAUUAUCCUACAGCCUUUUAAAUGUGUCUGUGGCAAGGGUGUUGUGUUAUUGUUUUGCUGUUUUGUUUUAAUUAUUUACUUGUGUUUUUAGCUUGUAUUUUAGUCUAUGAACCACCCUGAGAUAUGAAGGGCGGUGUAUAAAUCGAAUUAAUAAUAAUAAAAGCUAGAAGCUGGAAAAAAAUGUUGUAGUGUUCUACUGUUAGGUUCCCAGACAGCCACUCCCUCUCCAUAAUACUGCAGCUGGUUUUCUGUCUCUCUCCCCACCACCUUCAAAUAAUCAGUCAGCAUUCUGUUCCCUCUGAGAAGACCCAUUCCUUGUUGGACUAUGUAGGAGUUCAGAGUUUUUUCUGAAUAUUUCCCCCCUAUAGAACCUGGGGCUCCCCCAAACCUGCAGAUGCCUCCAUCUUUUGUGUGGAUGGUACCAUUUUGGCAUCAUAAGGAUGCACACCUGGGUUCCUAUGGGUCUAUGAUCUAUGUUUGUGUGACAGGGAGUGCUGUAGUCUUGCUUCGAUUUUUAUGUGGAGCACCUGAAAGCAGUCCCACAUGAAACCGUGCAGCCUCUGAAAGAAAAGCUGCUUGCUGCAGCCCCAUCUUUCAGACACAUUGACUUCAAAUUGGGACAGCUGGUGUUCACUGCCUAACACAAUGGUUCAUAGCAGCCAAAAUUUGUCUUAAUGGGACCUGCUUGAGUUUGGCCUCAGAAAAAGUACAUUGUAAGGGGGGGGGGAUAGGGUAGAUAUUUUGCCAGAAUGUAGGUGCCAAAUAUGAAGCUGAAGAAAAAAAUUAAGUGAACAUUGUACAGUCUAAAAUAAAUCUAGUUUGCUUUGAUAGACAUAUAUAUAUCAUUGCAUUUUCCAGAAUACAGCUGAAUGGGAAGAAUUUUUAAUCAUUUCCUCACUAGGCCACCCCAGGAUUAUAAUGCUUUUUCAUUAUUUUUCAGAAGGAAUUGAGGAACCUACAAAUGUGGCCAAAGUCAUGAAGAUGGAAGAUGGAGGGAAAGGAGACGGCGGCAAAGGAGAAGCUUUCCAGCUCACUCAGCAACAGCAGUGGUUGAUUCAAGAAGAUUCACCAAACCAGAAGCUGUGGGAUGAAGUUCUCGCUUCUCUUAAGGAAGGACCAGUAUGUUUUCUUAGAGUAACUCACAUUCUGCAUUUUAACCUUUCUUGCAGUGACAAGGGAUCAAUAUGUAUAACACAUUUAUUGAAGUAGAAGGUAUUGUUUGUGCUUAGUUUAACCACAUAACAUUCUGCUCUUUGUAGAAUGUGGGAGUUACUUUACAGGAAUAAGACUUUUUUAUGAAGAGGUGAUUUAUUUUAAACAACUAAUAUAAGAUGAAGGAUUUGCUUGAUGCACGCAGCCUAGAAUUUCAUUGUCAGUGUAACUUACUUUUCUCUUAUCUUGCCAUAGAACUUUUUGAAGAAACUGGAACAAUCUUUUAUGUGUGUCUGCUGCCAGGAGCUGGUAUACCAACCGGUGACCACAGAGUGCCUCCACAAUGUCUGUAAAGUAAGUAGUACCGUAGUGAUGUUUCCUCUUGAUCUUGGAACCAUUGGCCCUGGUUCUAUUGGAAAGCAAGUUACCAGCAUUUUGAACUCCCUCUGUUCCUUCCUUGAAAGAGGUACAAGACCAGGGGUUGGCAGAAAGUAGAUCGGGGUAUACUGGUAGAUCCUUGAGUAAUUAGCAUUAGAUCAUCAGUGAUUUCUGGCUGUUUAACAGUAGCAGCAGCUUUUUUCUGCAUAUUGGCUACUGAAGAAAUGUUGGGGGUUGGAAUACAGAAAACAAAUUCCUGGACUAAGAUACUUAUAAUUAAAGAAUGAGACACUUUUCAGCAUAUGUCCACCUGGAAUUUCGAAGUUCACCAGCUGCAGCCCUGAAAAGUGGUAGCUUAGAGAAAGGAGGACAAAGUAGACCACACAAGUCCGAAGUCUGCCCACUCCUGAACUGGCACAGUUUUACAUUGCAACUAAAAACGAGAUGAGUUAUUUUUCAUUUUGACCGAACGAAGUAGGUAAAGGAUAUCAGUUACUUUUCCCGUACAUAGGCUGGAUCUAUUUCAGAGUCCCCAUGGGCAAAGAUUUAAGCACAUUCUUAUCUCUUCCAUUGAAAUCAAGAUGACUUUGGCAGAAUUGUGCCUUGUAAUAUUUGUCCUAAUGUUCAUAAUUUUGACUUGGUUUUUUGGGGAGCAUAUAAACAACUCUUAAAUGUUGGUAGGGGUCACAUUCACAAAAUCCGUUUAAACUACAGAAUGCUAGAAGGAACAAAGAGAAGUGCAUUUUUAAUCCAACAGAGGGUACAUUUCCCUCAUCUUUGAGCUCUAUGGGAAGAUGACAAAACCACCAACAUCAUUUAUGAAUUGCUUCCAAUUUCGCUUCACAAUAUAAUGAAAACAAAUAUAAAACAAUUGUAUAUGUAAACAGGCCCAGAUCACACUUCCCAAUGAACGAGUGCGUAAGGGAAAUGUACUCCCAGUACCUGUGCCUUGUCUCCUGAUGGACUAGUUCUCCUUCCCAUCCAGGUGUGUGCCUAAACCAGGCAGAGGAAAACAGCCCUCCAGAUGUUUUGGGACUACAACUCCAACAGGACCAAUGGUCAGGGAUGAUGGGAGUUGUAGUCCCAAAACAUCUGGAGGGCUGAGUUUGCCUAUGCCUGGCCUAAACUAAUGUUAAAACUCCAUUGUUAAUUAGGGCUGCCAAAGUGAGUUUAGGAGAGUACUGGGAUUCAUUUUAAGCAGGGCUGGUAAAGGAUGAAUGCAGCAAACACUAAACCCCAAAGCAGGUGAAAGAGAAUUUUCACACAUUAUGGGAAGGCGGGGAGAUCACACAAUUCCACAUCCUGACCCCACUCACUAACCUAGACUUCAUUGUUAAACAUUUACAAAAAGACCACUACUGAACACCUGGUAUUUGAGUGCUUGUAGUAGCCAAGAUUUUUGUCUGACAAGGAUAGGGCACCUGGGAAUGUUGUUCCAUGUGCCAUAGCUCCAGGCUGUAUAGAAAGUACUUGUAGGCUUUUUAAAAAAUCAUGAGAGAACAUAGCUUUGCGUGUAACAAAUGUAGAGCCAUUCACCAGCAUUUGUGUACAAGUUAGUUUAGUUUUACUGAAGGUUGUGAUCUAGACCGUUCUUUGCACAACACACUUUUGUGUAUGACGGCACAGGGAACUAUGGUUAGUUUAAAAACUUCCAAGUGAAUACUUCCGAUACUCUCCUUGGUUGCAUAAAACUGUGAUUGACUAUUCUGUCUGAACCAGGCUGCACAACAAAUUAGGGCUCAACAUACAGUAGUGCUACUGGUUUUGCAAAUGUUUAAACAGAAUUCAUUUAUAACAUAUGACAGACUACUGCUAGAAAAAUAAUGGACUACCUUUAUGCAGAAAAAUAGCACAGUACCAAUCCCUCGUAACAUAACUGGCAUAUUUAUUUAGCAUAUUCAGGUAGCCCUGUUAAGUUUUUGUCAAUUUAUGUUAUCUCAGGAAAAGGCUUUCUGUAAACACAGAAAGCCCAGAGGUCUAUUUUUGGCAUUUAGCUGAUAUUUCAGUUUCUUGUGAACCAUAUUUUAAGUUGUGUCCUAAACAUACUCCUUAUCGUUCUGUAACAUAGAGCUGUUUACAGCGCUCCUUUAGAGCUGAAGUCUUCACCUGCCCUGCUUGCCGACACGACCUUGGAAAGGGCUACACCAUGGUUCCUAACAAAAUACUGCAGACACUACUUGACCAGUUCUUCCCUGGUUACAGCAAAGGACGAUGAUACGAGUUCAGUUCUCAGUAUACUUCUCUUAAUGACUUACAGACUGUACAAACAGAAGAAACCAGGAAAAUUCAAAAGUGGACCAGCUGGCUUGAGCGCAGUUCAUAUGACUGUCACAUUGUGGAGCGGCUAACUCAACCUUCUUUCCCAUUUUGCAAUCUUUUUUGUGUAGUGAGAACUUCACAUUCUCAGCUGACUUUCAACACUGAAGGUAGUUUUGGACAGAUGACAACAAGGGGGGGGGGAUACAAGCCUUGGCUCUGACUGGCCACAACAGCGGAUGCUUCAGAUUGUUUUUUGUAACUACCUCAGAUGGAGGAAAACAAAUUGUGGGGAAUUUAAGAGCGCGUCAGAUGAAGUUCAGCUACACACUGCCUCCUGAAUAUUAGUUUGCCUGGUCCAUGCAGUUCGAUUUUACAACAAGAAAACAGCACUUAAGCCAGUUUUUAAUUACAGAACAUCAAAUUCUGUGGUGUGCAUAAUCUUUUUGUGCGUGUGCAUUUCCUGCCAUUAUGCUGUUUUUCUUAAUUUCUUUUGCAAGAACAGGCUUUUAGUCUAUUUUUGUGAGCGUCAUUGUGCUCUUGUAUCUUAUGCAAGUUGACUACUAAUGACUGAGAACAAUAUGAAUGCAUUGUUGCUGUUAAUGUAAAGUGAUUUGUGUUUUUUGCACUUAAAGAGGGUAUUCAAAACACUCUAGUUGUGUAAAAACUAUUUCAUAUGAAACAAGCCACUUUUGUAUUAGGUAAAACUGUAUGCUUUUAGUAGGUCUUGUAUCAGUGGCAAUACAUCUUACACAGCAUUGAGAGCAGUGCUAGCUUGGAGAGGGCUCAAAUCGCUUCAUAUUGUGAUCUGAAAUUUUAUAUACAGUAUAUUCCUCUUCCCCAAUAUACCUUAUUAAAUAUUUUAUGAUUCAUAAAGUGUUAGUUUGU